UUUAGACCUCCGUUUUCCAUCAGCCACUCCCUAGUGCCAGUGUAUGGUUACUGAAACCCUGUGUGAAGAAAGAUACAGAGCACAGUGGGUGGGGAGCUGUUACUGCCUAGUAAGCUGCCUGCCUGUUCAUUGGUCUCCAUUCAUCUCAUGGACACAUUUUGGGAGGAGAGCGGUACAGGGGGAUGGAAAGUUAUUUAAAGUGUUUUUUUUUUUUUUUUCGAAUAGGGUGGAAACUUUCCUGCAGGCUGUUGCUGGAUAUCAGGCUAGCUGACACCACGAGUUAUACAGAGCUGCUGUGAAACCAGAUCAACACCUCAGGAGGACAGUUCUGGGCCAUUUCCUUCAUUUUUAUCGUUUAUAUAGCUUUCUAAAAGCAGCAGACACCAUGUUUCGGAGACUAGCUAUUCUGUGCCUGCUCCUUGUUGCGGUAGAAAUCAGAGGUAAGUGGGGUUGAAAGGGUAGAUUUGGGCAAGCAACCUCUAACUCAUUGUUUUCAGACUUAUUUACCACCACAUGGUAUACCUAUCGAUCUGUGUGUUUUGGGGAGCCAGCCUGCCUGCCUUUUGCAGUAGGGGUGUGUUAGGCUCUCCCUGCCUUUGCACCGAUAGCAGCCGAGGCUGAACACGCUAGUGUUUAUUAGUUGUUUGGUUUCCAGAUUUCAAAACCCAGAUUAACCCCUUAAGGACACAUGACAUGUCAUGAUUCCCUCUUAUUCCAGAAGUUUGGUCCUUAAGGGGUUAUGGAACAGAUCACACACAAAAAUACAUGAGGUUUGAAUGUUGUAAUCGAAGUGAAACAUAAAUAAAUAAACACAAGCAGAAAUUUUCAAUCAAAAUGUUUAUUUAAUAACUUUAGUGAUACACCUUGGAGAAUGGCCGUGGACCUUUAUUAUGGAUUUCAUAAUUCCUAUUAAACCAUAACCAUAUGAAUAAUAAUAAACCAUAGCUUUAAAACCAACAUAUUAAACCACUUUCCAAGGCUCCGCCCCCCUCCAAAGCCAGGAGCCAUAAAUAUCUCUUCAACCAAAUCCACCAAAUCCACCCGCCUGUGAUGACCAGGAGGGCGACUUAUAUCCCAUAAUAAGGUCACGACAUAAAAUAAAUAAAAGGGGGAAGGGUGGGUGGGAACAGCAGCUUAAAUAUUUUAAUAUAUAGCUAACCUUCGGAUUUGUCUGGCACAAUCUGAGGCAAUUAAUUUGGCGCCCUCCAAUUUAUAUCCCCUAUUUUCCCUCCAAUAUUGCCCUCGCGCUGCUAUCUACCAAUCAGGGCUCAUGCCCUGGUCGCGAGCUUGCCGCCUUUACUGCCAGCGCGAGCUGCCUUGUAUUUAACCCUAACCUGCAUUUAACCCCUAGCGCGAGCGCUAUACUUACCCACUUCGCUCCAUCAAACCUCAUGGGGCUUCUCCUUAAGCAGUCCGCGUGCCCGACAUGAGGUUUGAAUGUUGUAAUCGAAGUGAAACAUAAAUAAAUAAACACAAGCAGAAAUUUUCAAUCAAAAUGUUUAUUUAAUAACUUUAGUGAUACACCUUGGAGAAUGGCCGUGGACCUUUAUUAUGGAUUUCAUAAUUCCUAUUAAACCAUAACCAUAUGAAUAAUAAUAAACCAUAGCUUUAAAACCAACAUAUUAAACCACUUUCCAAGGCUCCGCCCCCCUCCAAAGCCAGGAGCCAUAAAUAUCUCUUCAACCAAAUCCACCAAAUCCACCCGCCUGUGAGGGCGACUUAUAUCCCAACGCCACCGAGGUUCUGGGCUACCAAACUCGGUGGCCCCCCAACGCCCACGGCCAUCUCCAACAUGGAUUGAAUCUCCAAAUUAAAUAUAUCCAAACCAAUAUCCGACAAGUGAACUUCAUCGCUCCUAUAAAAGCCAGCGCAAUUGCCCUCAAUAUCCCUGUGUCUAUAUGAGGUCAUUCCCAGGGUUGGUAAAAAUAUUUCCAACGCUCUAUUUACUUUCCUACGUACCCUUUCCAAUGGUUUUAAAAAACUUACUUUUAACCAGCAAUGCCUUGGGAUAAUCUCCGACCAUAUGAACCGAACAUCUGGAAAUAUUUGCGUUAUGCAUACCAAAUCACUUUUAAUCUCUUUUAUCAAAUUGACCGAUUUCGUUGAGCCAAUAUCGUUCCCUCCCAAAUGAACUAUUACUACCUCUGGAUAGGGAAAACUUAACAUGCAUUGUUGUAUUAUUUCAAAUAAUUGAGACCACUUAGCCCCACGAAUUCCUUUCCAAAAGACUUUAACAGCAUUGCUUUCUAAUCCGAGAUUUUCGCCAUAUGACCGUUCUUUUGCCCUCUUCUGGGCCCAAAAUAUAAAUGAAUGACCGAUUACCCAGGCAAUCGCCGGCUUCUUAUUACCUAGCAAAAGAAGAUUAUUAACAUAUAUACGCCAAUGUUCAUAUACAUCCAUAAACUUUAAUAACAAAGAACCGUUAACGUUUUUUUUUUUUAUAUCAAAUGAGGCCUGACGUAUAAUUGAAAUCUAUUAGACUCCCAUCUCCCCAACCUUUGAAUCAUUCCAUCACUUAAACCACACCUUGCUGCUUCUGUUGCCGCUCCAAUUCUAAAAGAAUGAGAUGAAUAAUGCUCAUCGCCUAACUUUAACUUGUCUAUGCACAACUUGAAGACCUUUUUAAAUUGGAACUUAGUCAACGGAACGGUGUCCUUAUGCAUGAAAAAAGGACCUUCAACCCUUGGUCUAAUUGACAAGUAAUUUUCUGUCACCUUAACCGGACACAAAAAAGAACCUUUAAUCUCCAGCAAUGUUAACCAUCUUCCUUUGCCUUCCUGAUCUGUUUUAGAUUUUCUAAUGAAUACCAUCACUUUCCUAUCAUUAACUAUAAUAUCUUCCCAUUGUAAACCUGACAAACAAAACUUACUCUUAGCCACUAACUCGCUAAUUCUUAACGCUUCGAAAAAAGCUAUUAUAAAUGAACAUCUAAUUAAAACUACCUCAUACUCAGAAUAACAUACUUCCUCCAGGACUACAAAUAACUGUGAUAGCACCUUAAACGAUAUUGGUUUUCUGUUAUCCCUUACUCUACUGGCUCUUCUAUAACCUCGAACUAACUGAUUAACUAUGAAAUACUGCUUAAUUGGUUUACAUUCACACAGCUUCCUAAAGAAAUCCACCCCGGCUAAACUACAAGCUAACUUGGACUUAGAGAAACCUUUCUGCAUUGACACCAAUGUAAAUUGUAUUGCGCUCUCCUUGUCCUCUCCAAACGGAUCUUUAUUGUUUGACUGAUUAAAUUUGAACCACUCAUUCCAUGCUCUGACAUAUGUACUCCACGUAGAAACAGCUACUGAAUUCAUCAGCAUCACACUUAACUGUCCCCAAUCAAAUCCCAAAGGUCUGACGGGAACUGGGUUCCUUCCGCAGCUGCUCUUGGUGCCAAUUUUCGAAAUUCCUGCAAUUGCAAUCGUGAGAGAGCAUCAGCCAGCCUAUUGAUUUUGCCUGGUAUAUGUCUAGCUUUUAUCCAUAUGUUCAGCUGAAAACACCUUAACACUAAGUGUCUAAGUAAAUUGAUAACUCUAUUACACCUAGACUGUAAGGAAUUAAUUACCAUUACUACACUUAGAUUGUCACAAGUGACGAUCAGCCGCCUAUUUCUCCAUGCUCCUCCCCAUAGAUAUAUUGCGGCUACAAUUGGAAACAAUUCCAACAAUGUCAAGUUUUUGGUUAAGCCUUCCUGUGCCCAAAGAACCGGCCAUUCUUGUGCACACCACUGUCCAUUCCAAUAUAUGCCAAAACCAAUAGCACCAGAUGCAUCUGUAAACAGCUCAAGACUAUCCGAAUCUAUAAACUCUUGUUGCCACAUUGAUCUUCCAUUAAAAUCUGUUAGGAAAUUAUGCCAUACUUUAAGGUCUUGCUUCAAUUCUUUUGUUACCCUAAUGUGUGCAAAUGGGGACCUAACCUUAGACAUUGCUAUCCCCAACUUCCUGGAGAAAGCUCUCCCCAUUGGAAUAACCCUUGAAGCAAAUGUUAACAGACCUAACAGAGAUUGUAAAACUUUCAAUGUCACCUUCUCACAGCCCAUUACCUGCUGAAUCAGCAUCUUCAUUUUCAGUAUCUUAUCCUCCGGCAACCUAAAUUCCAUUUUUGUUGAAUCAAUCAUUAUUCCCAGAAAUUGCAAAGAAAAUGUGGGUAAAACCGUUUUAUCCUCUGCUAAUGGGAUUCCUAAAUGACCAGCCACCCUUCUAAAUGUUUCUAGUAAAUUCUUACAGUUGUCACUAUCCUUAGUGCCCACAAAUAAAAAAUCAUCCAAGUAAUGCAUUACUUGCUGCUGACCUGAUUCAUACCGAAUAAUCCAUUCCAUGAAAGUCGCAAAGGUCUCAAAAUAAGAACAUGACAGUGCACAACCCAUAGGCAGGCACUUAUCGAAAAAAUACUGGCCCUUGAACUGAAAACCUAGUGAAUUGAAGGAUUCGGGAUGAAUCGGCAAGAGUCGAAAGGCAGAUUCUAUAUCCCCCUUCGCCAUCAAAGCACCCCUUCCACAUUUUCUUACCAAAUUUAAAGCCUUAUCAAAAGUUGAAUAAGACACUGAACUUUCUUCUCUAGAAAUCAUGUCAUUUAAAGAUCCUCCCUUGGGGUAUGAUAGGUGAUGUAUUAGUCUAUAUGACCCGGGUUCUUUCUUUGGAACCAAACCCAGAGGGGAUAACCGAAAACAUUUAAAUGGAGGAACAUUAAAAGGGCCCUCAACUCUCCCUAACUCUAACUCUUUGCAAAUCUUUUCCCAGGCUAAACUUGGUAACUCUAAAACUGAUUUUAAAUUCUCAACCCAACAAAAUUCAACAGAACUAUAUACAGGUAACCUGAAACCAUUUUCAAAACCUUCUUUAAUUAAUUUGGCUUUCUCCCGGUUUGGAUAGAUUGCGAGAUAAGGUAGUAACCUUACCACUUUCACUGGGGUCUGUGCUUUUUGGAAAUGUACCACUUUGUUGUCCUCUUUUAUAGCAGCGAAAAUUAGGAUGCGCACCUGAACAGGUAGCGCAUUCGUGCCGGAAUCUACAAUUAUUCAGCCACUUACAUUGUGAUUCGUUAUAAGCCCAGCAAAAACCUUUUUUCUGUGCAACAUUUGUAACCUGCCUAUUAACAAAAUUAGGCUGUCUCUGCGGUAACAUCAUGCUCACCCAUAGUCCGACAUCCUUCAUACCCCAUUUAAGGUUGCUAUGUACUGCUAGUUUUUGUCGGAAUUGUUCGUCAUAAUAAAACCAUGACAAACCCCCAAAAUUUUUAUAUGCCUCCAAAAUAGCUUCUGUAUGUUGAAAUAGCCCACAGCACAAUUCUGGAUAUUUUUCGCCUAACACGCUAGCAUAAAUGCAAAAAGCUUGCAGCCAAUUAUUGAAAGACCUCGGAAUAAACUUUUUCCUCUCCUCAUCCCCCUUUUCCCUGUCGGGUUUAGUAAAUUCUCUGGCUGUGGGCAAUAAUGAUAGAAUAUCGAUAUACUCCCCUUUCCAUAUCCUAUCCUUUAUAGACUUACUUAAAUGAAAACCCAGAGGGGAGCUUUCACAACCUAAAGCUUCUUUCAUGCAUGUCUCUUUUACUCUAACUUCUUCCCUCACAGAAUGUGUCACUUUUGGAUUAACUGUGACCACUUCUGUAUCAGGCUCCCAUACUCUCGCUAAUUUAGGUGUCUGCAAUAAUUUUGUAAGUUUCUCAAGUGAAGACACCACUUCCCCGAAAACAGCAUUAUUCACAUUUGCUUGUAACUCACCCAGCUCAUGACUGCAACCUGGGAUAUCCUGAGCUGCUUCGCUCUCUUCAAAUAGCCUAGGUCUGUCCUCAGCCUCUUUAUUCUUCUUCUUUUGUUCGUAUUUUCUGCCCUGUUUCCACAUCCUCUUCCUAUUCUUUAUUGGAGACGGUGAGAAGGUUUCCCUGGACCUCUUCGUUCUUGCCUCACGAAUCCUGCAGGGGUCGCUAUCACCAGAUUUUCUUUCUUGCACUUGCCCUUUAAUUUUUUGAGGGGAAUAUCCUGCUCCCUCCUCCAUUAUUAACUCCUCCUGUAGCUCAGCCCCUUCUUCUUCCUCUACUUCAAUUAGACCAGAGGUGCUGGGGGCGGACUCUAAGCAAGCCUGUAGCCAUGCAGUAUCACUGCAGCCUAAAGCCUUUUGUUUAAGCUGUUCUAAUAAUGCCUCAAUUGUGCCAGACAUCUCCAAAGGUAAGAAACAGCAGCUUAAAUAUUUUAAUAUAUAGCUAACCUUCGGAUUUGUCUGGCACAAUCUGAGGCAAUUAAUUUGGCGCCCUCCAAUUUAUAUCCCCUAUUUUCCCUCCAAUAUUGCCCUCGCGCUGCUAUCUACCAAUCAGGGCUCAUGCCCUGGUCGCGAGCUUGCCGCCUUAACUGCCAGCGCGAGCUGCCUUGUAUUUAACCCUAACCUGCAUUUAACCCCUAGCGCGAGCGCUAUACUUACCCACUUCGCUCCAUCAAACCUCAUGGGGCUUCUCCUUAAGCAGUCCGCGUGCCCGACAGUUUUGCAUUUUAAAAAGCUACUUAAAAUCACCUACCUCAGAUUACCCCUGGAGAUUGGGCACAGCUCUCCCCUUAUGUGCUUUGUCUAGUUCCCCGGUAUGAGUCAUAGCCUCUGACAAUGUUUUGUGGAUGCCUAGCUAUUCGUGGCCAUCCCUAUUCUCUACCAGCUGUGCCCAAAUCUUUAAUUUCUGCAGUGUAUCUAUGCCAUGUCUUUGUUUAUAUUUGGGUGGGGUUUCCAAUGCUCAUUCAUGUUCUUCAGUGGCACAUAGUUUGGGGAUAGGGGUGUGUGUGUGAUGAGUACAUUCUGUAAUAUGGAAGGGCUCACCCUGUAAACUUAUAUACGCCCAAGCCAUACGUGAGAGCCUCUUUGUAUAAACCCCCAAUGUAGUGGUUACUGAUAGAAACCUGCACUGAUGCUGGGCCAUGAGAAUUGAUUUAGGAACCCACUGUUCUAUUGUAACCAUCAUCUGAUUUCACUCUCUAAUCAGCCUCCCUCUUCUGUAAACCUGGAGCUACUCACGGGUUUCAUAACAUAUUGAUUGCCGUUUUUAGUCUACAUAUUUUUUAUGUGCUAUAGAGACUUGCACAUUGAUCACAUGGUAGGCAAGUGCCCACAUUUUGUGAUAUAUUGUUUUGGGGUAAUUUGGCUGCUGGCAAGGAAUAGACCCAAUCAAUUCUGGCUUUAUUUAGCCUCCAUUACCUUUCAUAAAAGCAUGUGUUCUCUGACCGAUUCUAUUACAGAAUGUUAUUAACAAACAAAACCAUUUUAGGUAACGUUAUUAAACUUUGGUUCUCAUCCCGUCUGGUAUAUUUGGUGGUUCUUCCAGCAUCAACUUGUGCAACAAAAUACAAUUUAACCUCCGAAUAGCAGCUGUCUGCCUAUUAACUCAAUGCAUUGUGGUGAAAUAGCUAAAUUGCAAAAAAAAAUAAUUAAAAAAAAAUCACUGUGCUCAUUUGACUUACGUCAAUUAUUCGUCCUUUGUCUGUUUUUUUUUUUAUUGCUUUUCUCUUCCAAAAGUGGUGGUAUUUGCUUCAGGAACAAAAGCUUAAACAAUUUGAGGGAAAAAAAAAAAAAACCUAUGGGGGGGGAGGUGAAAGAUAAUGUCUUCCUUUGCCACUUGUUUGUUUGUGCUUGCCUUGCACAUUCUUUUGUUUUCAGUCCAAUCUCACCUGAGCAUUGUGUUCCCCCUUGCUUUAUUCACACUACAGUCAAUAUGAGCAGAACAAUCAAUUCAUCCAUCUUGUAAUCCGUUACUGGCCUUUCAUUUUAUAGCUGAUCAGAAAUGACGCUUUGUUACCUAUGGUAUAAUCAUUUUCAAAUAUGGGGGUAAACAUAUUAUGAGGUGUUUUGUCUCGCUCCAUACGGUCCCAUUGCCACUGAAAUCCAUGUGUCCUCUUGUGUAAUUUCAAUAAAAAUACGGUCAAGGAUAUUCAUUAUACUUCAAAUUUUAGCUAAUUACAUUACUUUUAUUAUAGCCGAGUUGUUUUAAAUUUAUUUUAGUAACAAUUUAGCAGUUUGCAUUUAAUUCACAAAAUUUUGCAUUUAUUGAGUUUAUAACCCUGUGGGUGUGUGGUACAACUUGAGCAAAAUCAAUGCAUAUGUUUGUAAAAAACUUAAGAAAUGUAGGAAUAAAAAUAUGAAUUUCUAAUGCUAUUGUGUUCUUCUGUUUAGGUUACCCGCCCCUUUUCUAAUAGAAAUUUAAGUUUUAUUCAUUGGGGAAAACAUUGGGAGGUAAGUGCACAUGUGUGGCAAAACACUGUGCUGCCCCAAUCAAAGGCUGUUAGUAAAUCAUUUGACUGAAUAAUCAAUUCACUUAUUUUAGCAAAAGCACUUCUGGUGGCUGUCAGGAAGACUGCCACUACAGAUGUGUUAACCAUGAUUUAUAACCUUGCUACAUCUACUAAACUGCAAAUUUUUUUAAAAAAAUUAUUUUUUAUUACAGGGUUAAAACCAAAGGACGACUGCACCCAGACCACUUGAUUGAGAUGAAGUGCUCUUGGUGCCUGUCGAGGUCCUUUUUUAAGUUAAAGGGACACUGUAGGCACCCAGACCACUUCAGCUAAUUGAAGUGGUCUGGGUGCUGUAACCCUUUUGCACUUAGUGCUGCAAUGUAAAACAUUGCAGUUCCAGAGAUCUGCAAUGUUUAAAUUGCAGCUCUAAGUCUGCCCUCUGUGGCUGUCCAGCAGACAGCCACUAGAGGGCUUUCCGGAAUCCAAAAGGACUUUUGGUCCGUUAUCUGACGGACCUCCAGCGUCAGAUUUUCCCCAUAGGAAAGCAUUGAAUAAUGCUUUCCUAUGAUGAUGUCUAAUGCGAGAGAAUGUGUGCACGCGAGCAAGAGAAGGCGUGCGUGCCAACACGAGCGGGUGUAACACGUGGGAAGGGGAGGAGUGGGAUCUGAUGCACAAUAGCAGGGACAGGCAGAAGCAGAGCAGAGCACUUGUAAAAUAGGAGACAGGAGAAGGAGAGAAUUGUUGACAAAUAGUAAGUGGGCUAACUAGCUCAGCCUUUUGGUCAUUGCUAUAAGGAAGGUAAAAGAAAAGCAUUAGAGAGGGAAAAAAAGAGAUAAAAAGGAAAAGAUCAAAAAAAAAUUUUUUUAUUGUUUUAUUUUUUUUUUACUGGGAUAAAAUAAAGGAGGAGAGAAAGCAGCGUUUAGAGUGGCUCAUCUUUUGGCAAGUUAAGUUUUGUUAUCUUAUAAAAUGAAAGAAAGAAGGAAAAUAAAGGAAGGAGAGAAUAAAGAGAAAGGGGGAAAAAUAUAUAAUAUAAGGAAGUUAAGAAGGCAGGAAAAGUAGCAAAAAAAAGUUUGUUUAAAUUAUCUAGCAUUAAAGCGGCACUGUCUGAGGACUUUGCAGGGGAAGGGAGGGCAGGUAAAGGUGAGUUCUACUUACUGAACCUGUCCUACGCGGGCGCAGGCAUCUUCUUCUGGCGGGUCUACAUCAGUGUCAAGAGCACUGUGCGCAAGAGUACAGCAUUGAGGUCUAUGGAGGUUCCUGCGUGAUCCUCCCAUAGACAAAACCAAUGUCCAGUGUCUAGAAGUGUCAGGCAUAGGAAAUAUACAGAGACCUAGCAGUCCCUAUUUUGUGUCUGUAUAUCUCUUGAUUGGGUUGGAGUUUGCAUGAAAUUCCAAUGUUUAUUUCAUAAAUUUCUAGGCUAGUGCUGCUUUAAAACAGGUGUGGAAAAUAUUUCUAAAAAAUGCCCCAGUAAUUUGCUAGUUGUUUUAUCAACUCCUACUUGUAAAAAGCUCUUAGAGGGGAUGCUGGAUGUAAGCUGCAUCUAGGAUUCGUUUCUCAGUGCACCCUUUAAAGGACCACUAUAGGCACCCAGACCACUUCAGCUUAAUGAAGUGGUCUGGGUGCCAGGUCCCUCUAGGACUUUCAGAGAAAUCGGCUAUGUUUACAUAUGGGUUAAGCCACUAUGGGUUAAGCCACUAGAGACGCUUCCGCGCUUCUCACUGAGAUUUUCACAGGAGAAGAUGCCAGCGUCCAUAGGAAAGCAUUGAGAAUGCUCUCCUAUGAGACUGGCUGAAUGCGCGCGCGGCUCUUGCCGCGCAUGUGCAUUCUACAGAUGACGACCGAAGGAGGAGGAGAGUCCCUAGCGCCGAGGGAGCCCGGCACUGGAGAAAGGUGAGUGUUUAACCCCCUUCAGCCCGGUGGGAGUGGGACCCUGAGGGUGGGGGCACCCUCAGAGCACUAUAGUGCCAGGAAAACAAGUUUGUUUUCCUGGCACUAUAGUGGUCCUUUAAUGAACUUUGCAGCUAUUUGAGUAAGCAUCAAGUUAUGGGAAAAACUGUAGUGAUAGUUUACAAAUUAAUGGUGAAAGAGCACAUUCCUUAAUUGAAUAAUGUCAUGUAUCAUUUAGUUAAAAAUAAAUUCAGUAAUUGUUGCAUUACCCUGGGUUACAGUUUUCAUGCAGUUCCCAAUAUCAGCAUCUUAAAUAAAAUGUUUAUUUCACGAUAAAGAAGUCUGUUGGCUGGUAUUUUAAAAUAAAUAAAAAGUAAUUUACUGAACCUCACUAAAUAGUGUCCAGGAAAUAUAUAACUGAAUCUGUGAUGAAUAAAACUAGGGUGCACUAGUACCCCCACUCCAUUGUUAAUAGUCAAAGUUUUUUUGUUUUGUUUUUUAACUAUUUCACUUACCUGGAGUAGAUCAGGCGCCUCUCCCCUCCUCCACUAUACUAGAACUUCCAUUAGCUCUCCUGGGCUAAGUCCUGAAACCACAGGAGGUUUAGUUUAUUGGAUUAGGGUGAUCAGCUGAUGCUAUAGUGCAGGGGUCCUCAAACUCUGGCCCCCCAGAUGUUGCUGAACUACAACUCCCAUGAUUCUCUGGCUAUCUAUGUAAUUCAAAGAAUUAUGUUUGUUGUAGUUCAGCAACAUCUGGUGGGGUGGAGUUUGAGGACUCCUGCCAUAGUGGUUAUGGUGCUUAUACAGAUUGAACAGAUGUUGAUUUGCUGGUAACACCAGAAAGAAUUUAAACUGGAAUUUCUAGUUGAGGUGUAUCUAUGUGCUAGGAAAUGAAUAACUAAUCAACAAGCUAGACAUACUAAUCAUAAUAUGUAUUAUAAAUUUGUAUUGUGCAUGAGUGCAAAGAUGCAGGUUUUAGAUUUAAAUUAAUAGAUUUUAAAAUGUUCUGCAACUGUUUUAUUGAGCUUGAAAGGGCACUCCACAUAACCACAUGUCUAGUGUAACUUGUAGGUUAGGUUACAUUGGAUGGAUUUUUUUUUUUUCUAAAUUAUUAUUUUGGUAUACACCCACCCUUUCUGCCAUCCUAGCUGCAAAUUUUCAGUGUUUCCUUUUCCUUCAAAACUGCUUCUCUGCGAUGCCAUUUUAAUAGAAACUUGAUAAUUGAACUACAACUCCUAAAGCUAUGCUGUGUUUAUAAAGAAUUCUAUAAACUCAUUUUAACAUUGUGCCAGGCCGUCUUUUUCAUGAUGUGAGAACUGCAAAUAUCUAGAACAUGAGGAUGUGGUUAUUUGCCAAAUGAAUGAGCAUGUGGUCUUUUUAAUUUUUUAAAUUUUUUUCCUUUAAUUAUUCUCUAGUGUGCAAAAGCAGGACAGUUAAAUGGACACUAUAGGCACCCAGACCACGUCUGGGCAUAUAGAACCAGAUCCUUUAACCUUGCAAAGGUAAUUAUUGCAGUAAUUAAUAAACUGCAAUACAGCAAUUACAUUAUAAUGCUUUCCUAUCAGGGGAAAUCCUAAUGUAAUUGCGGCCAUUGCCACUCCCUCGCUGGCUGACAACGGCAUGGGAGGAGCGGAGGCUAUGCUGAGGGACAUCCGCGCUGGACUCAGUAAGUGACAGGGUUUUAUGCCCUUCUGCACCAAGGCCUGGCACUAUAGUUUCUCUUUAAGCAACGGCAUAGCAGGACUUGUAUCCUGAUUUAGGGUCCACAUCAGCACUCAGAUAUAUACUUUUCAGCUUCGCUUUGAUCUCCUUUUAUUACUAUUUAUUAAAGAAGUGAAAUGUAAUAAAUGAAACAGAAUUCACUGAUCCUAUUAAUUGAAUAUUCUAAACACUAAAACAACUGUAGCUUAAUGAAGCAAUCUGAUAGUUUAGUUAUCUCCUGCUCUGCUAAUUAAACGUUAAAUAGACACUGUAGGCACUAUAACUGAUUAAUCUCAUUGAAUUGGUUAUAGUGUGUUGAGUCCCUUGGCACUGUCCCUUCAUUCAGUGUUAUUCCAUGUUUGAGCAAUUCAACACUAGAUAAUGGUGCCUGACCACCCAGAGCCCGGCAGCCACUGUAGGUAUGGCUAAGGUAACAUCCCCCGGACGUACUUGAAAACCAGAGUAAUCUGAAUGUAACUUUCCUGAUUAAAUACGUUAUUUUUUUCUUUCAUUCUAACCAUGCUAAUUAAUCAUAACAAUGGCUGCUGAGAUAUACAAGCUUAAAGCAGCCAGCAUCACAGCCAUCCAUUGCUGCUCAUACUAAGGCUUCUGCAUUAGCCCAAUCUGCACAGAGGGGUGGGCUGGUGGGGACUCCUGUUUAGCAAUAAAAUAUUAUAAAUGGCUGGAAGGAGAGUGCCAGAAACCUUCAGAUAAAAUGUUUCCAGGCCCUAUCCCCCUUUCCAUUAGCUAUGUUUUCAGCCCAUUCCAGUCCCAGUCAUAUUACCCUCUGCUUUUACUAUAAUAUCUGCCGCCUCCCCCCCCCCCCCUUUUGCUUUAAUCCAUUCUCUCUGUCUUCUCCUAUUUUAUCUUUACUAAUAUCUGUUCCCGUUUACCUUAUCACCCAUGCCUUGGGAGGCUCUAUAAGUCACAGCCAAUUAAUCUAUAAGCAAAAUAUUGCUAGGGCUGCAUAAACAAAGUUGAUGAACCUUACAGUGGCUGAGAACUGAGCAGUGCUUUUAUGUGGGGGGCAACGGGGGUGUAGCGGAAUAUAUAAUUUAAAAAAAAAAUGUAAGGCAUAAACAUAAUUUCAUAAUGAGGAAGUUUACUACCCUAUAAUAUUUGUCUAUGUUGGCAAAAUUAAGUGUUGACAUCCUUCUGUCUAUUGACAAUAUUAAUAAUUCUAGCUCGGGGCUUGACAAAUCCCAGGCACCAUGGCGCCUGGAAUUUGUCAGCCCUUCAGCAGAGCUGGCUGGCAGAGGGAGCAUUGGAGCUGGCCGGUAACCUGACAGAACGGCUGAGGCAGCAGUAAUCUUCCUGCAUUUCCCACCUGCUCCCUCGUGCAGUUUAGUGAUGACGGAACUGGAAAUAUGGUGUCACUCCGGUCCCGGCCUCACUACAGAGGACGCGUGAGGGAGCAGAGCAUAAACUGGAGGAAGGUUAGAAAGCAGCCCCACAGGGCCCCAGGAAAAGGAUCCACUCCAGCUCUCCGAAAGGUAUGGAGGUUAGGUUGACUUAAAGUUAAAAAAAAAAAAAAAAAAGUGUGUCUCUUUAGGUUACCAGCCCCCCUCUGAGUUUUGAAAGUAGGUGCUGCACACAGUAAAGCACUGGACUAGGUAUCACCUGUAAUAGUUGCGUGAGUGACUAGGCAGCAGAGAAAAGGCAGUGUUCACAUUUAAAAAGCCUGCAGGGUCAAGAUAUAGACCGCAGAACCACACCAUUAAACUGUAGUGGCUCUGGUGACCAUAGUGUGCUUUAUAAGAAUUGUAUUUUUGUGAUUUUUAAAUGAAACUUAGUUUUUUUUGUUUUUGUUUUUUUUUUACUAACAGUCUCCUAACCUUUUUAGCUGGCUCCUAGAUUCCAAGCAAAUUUGGCAAGCCCUGUUCUAGUUAGCCCUAACCUAUGCCAACACUACCACCAUAGCCCUAAGGCAGAGGGAUUCCCUAAGCUAAUGCCACUGCUGACAUUUAUUCUAGUUGCACAAUACAACGUGCUCUGACCACGUCUACGUGCUUUAUGUAUUCACCUUCUGGCUAUUUAAGUUAUAAACACAUUGGAUAUUUUACUAGUUACACCUACAUGUUAAAGUUUACAUCAUUGGUAGAUAGAACAUUUUCCUUCAGCUAAUGCUGAACUAAAACGUCUAAAGGCGAUUGAGAGUCAUGAUAUCUGCUGUUCUACAACUGUUGUGUGACUACCUGUUGCCCAUCUUUGAUUAUGCUGCUGUUCUGUGAGCUCUAGUGUUUUAAAUUAAAAUCCGCAGAUUAUAUCAUAUAUUUGCUAAAAGAACCUGGAAAUGCAAAUAGUGCCUCUGCAUGUGAUUUUAAACACGUAUUUGUGUCAAAGCUUUAAAUUAUAUUACAUCUGUUUCAGGCUGCUUGCAUAAGACAGCCUUUAGGGAGUUGAUCUGUUGUCUUCACUGACAACAGAUAGCCAUCCUGGUGGAACAGUUAAAUCACUUUUGUGGAAUUCAGUUCUGUUGAAUAAAUACAGUAUAUACUCGAGUAUAAGUCUAGUUUUUCAGCACAUUUUUUGUGCUUAAAAACCCCCACUCGACUUAUACUCGAGUCACUGUCUGUAUUAUGGCAACUUAGAGAGCCGCGGCCGUCAGAGCCAUGGCAAUGAUCCGCGCUGCAACCAGACCGCAAGACUUACAGUGGAGCUGACCGGAACGGAGGAGAAGGGAGCUGACAGGAGCUGCAGGAAAGGUAAGUAAAUGCUUCCUGCCGCCCCCCCCUUCACAGCCCAUGCCAGUAGCCCCCCUCCCUGACCAGUUAACAAGCAGGGAGGGGUGACAAAAAAAUUAAAAUAAUAAAAAAAUAUUAAAAUAAAAUAAAAAUUUAAAUAAUAAAAAUGCCCUCCCCCCACCUAGUUCACACACACUACACAAACACACACUCUGCAUUAUAUACACAGUGUGUGUAUAUAAUGCAGAGUGUGUGUUUGUAUGAGUGUGUGUGUGUGUAUAUAAUUAUAAAAAUCACAGAAUUUCAUAGCCCCAAGUUUUACCCUCGACUUAUCCACGAGGCAUAGCAUAUUUCACAAUUGUUGGUCACAAAACUGGACUCGACUUAUACAUGAGAUCGACUUAUACACGAGUAUAUACGGUACAUGUUUGGAUUCUGCUAAGAACCCAGAUUUUGUAGAGACUCAAGAUUUUAUUUUGAAUCCACCCUCUGGCUUGCUUCUGUAAACAAUUUAAGUCAUUAAUUGCUUGCAAGACUUUUUCGUCUCCACCUGCUGCCAGGGAAUGUUUGGGUACUAUUGUAGUAGAUGUACUGCUUAGCAGCACUUGGUAACAGUUUGCAUUUGCGAUGUGUCCUCCAUUUUACAAUUUAAGCUAAGAAAACUUGUUGCACCCUCAUUGUAAACUUCAGUUUUUUUGCUUUUGCUACGCAUGUCUGAUUGUUUUGAUCAGCUGGUCAGACACAAGAACUGGCAAAUAGUUGCCAGCUAAAUAAAAAAAAAAAAUGAAUUUCAGCAAUUUUUCAGCUACUGGUAGUGAUAAAUUUAUAUUUCACUGUUAAAUAAACCCAAUAUUUAUAUUCCAUUCAUGAACUUAUUGGAACUUACUGUAAAACAUGAUUGGUGACCCCCUUUUAAACCAAUUUAUCAUUGAUUAAUUCUUCCUGUUUCAGCUUUGGAAAAUCUAUUUUUAUUUAAUCAUUUGAAUAAAAAAACUAUGCAUUUGUUGCUUUUAAUUUCAAAUAAGGGAUAAUGUUCUUGCCUUUAGGUAUCAGGGUCACCCUCAAACCAUAAAAGUGCUAUUAGAGGGGCAAAGAUUUAAAAAUAAUAUCAGGUAUUACUUUACUGAGAGCUCAGUGGAUGCAUGGAAUAGCCUUCCAGCUGAAGUGGUAGAGGUUAACACAGUGAAGGAGUUUAAGCAUGCGUGGGAUAGGCAUAAGGCUAUCCUAGACAUGAGAUAAGGCCAGAGACUAUAGAAUGUAUUUAGAAAAUUGGUCAGACUAGAUGGGCCUAAAGGUUCUUAUCUGCCGUCACAUUCAAUGAGACCAUUAAAUAUAUUUGUUUAUAGUAUUAAAGAUACACUAUAGUGUAAGGCAUGGGUCGUCAACCUGGUCCCUACCGCCAUCACCACUUGUGGCCCCGGCCCGCGAGGCAAACCGCCGGGGCCGCAUAUGGAGGGGUCCAUUGGGUGUCCCAUGCUGUCAGGGCCACCCGAUGGAUGUGGAUUGUGAGGGGGCCCGGUCUGCGCUGGGUGCUUUAACAGCGAGACCGGGCCCCCUGUGAUUACAUCACAGAGCUGGGAGGAAGUGACUGCAUGUCACUCCUCCCAGCUAACACACAGACCGCGCGGGAGGGAGUCAGAGUGGGAACUCUGACUCCCAUCCACCUGAGCCACCACUGGACCCCAGGGAAAGUCACCCUCCUGCACCUAAAAGGUAGGAAACAGGAGGGUGACUAAAAUAUUUUGUGUUUGUUUGUGUAUGUGUCUUUGUAUGUGUGUGUCUGUGUGUGUAUAUGUGUGUCGUGUGUGUGUAUGUAUGUAUGUAUGUGUGCCUGUCUGUUAUAGUGGGCUAUAGUAAGUAAUAGUAAGUGGGAUGCCUAGCUCAGUCUUCCUACUGGGCAUUGCUAUAAGGAAGGUAAAAAAAUAAAAUAAAAAAGGUGGUGAGGGGAAUUGAGGAGGGGAGCUGACGCACAGAUGAGAAAUCACAUUAUGCGCAAACAGAGAAGUUGUCUGAAUAUCACCGAAAGAGGAGACCUUCGUUUGGUCCUUACGAAAGCCAAUCUAAUGCUUUCCCAUAGUAAAGCUUUGGGAGACUAUUGUGCAUGUGUGUCAAAAUGCUGCGCUGUGCCAAUCUGCAUCUCCUCAUAGAUGCAUUGAAUGUCUAGCUGAAUUUAGGUAAUGCACACUGUGCAGCAAUGGCCUUGGAUGCACCCCUAUUAGCCAUCUGCGUGACUGCCACUAGAAGUGUUACUAGGCACGAAUGUUUAUAUAACAAACAUUUAUAUUGAAAAGCCUGCAGGAACUGGCUAAAGCAGUGGUUCCCAAACGUUUUAGGUUCAAGGCGCCCUUAAUAUUUCAAUAUUUUUCCACACCUCCCCAAGUCAAAACUAUUUUCUAGGUUGUAUAAAUGUACAGUGCAGCAGCAUAUACUUGGCCCCUAUUUGACAGGAAUUCUAGCCAUUUAAGCGCAGAUCCAGAACCUAAUAUUGGGAGGGGCACUUGUAGAUUAUUUAAAGAAACAAUCCAGGCACAAUAACCACUACACUACUUUGUAGUGGUUUUGCUGCCAGUAGUGCCCUCCCAGAGUAAGUAGUCAAACUGUUUAAGAACAGUUAGUCAACUUACCUGGGAUUUGCAGGGAUAGGGGCAGUAGUGUGUGUGUGUGUGUGUGAAUGGUGCAGUUUGUGUGUGUGUGUGUGUGUGUGGGGUGCAGUGUGUGUACGGGGGUGCAUUGUGUUUGUGAAAGAUGUAGUGUGUGUACAUGAGGGGUGCAGUGUGCGUGUAUGUGGGUCAGUUUGUGCGUGAGGGGUACUGUCUGUGUGGGCAGGUUGUAUGAGGGGCACAGUGUGUGUGGCAGUGUGUUUGUAUGGGGGUGCAGUGUGUGUGGGGGGGUUAUUUUGUCUCUGUGGGGGUGGGAGGGACAAUAAAUAUAUUUUAAAAAAUUUGUUUUAAUUAAAAAUAACUUUUCUCAUAUCCCCUCUCGCUGCUUACCUUUGCCUGGGACGGGGGACAGUGCAAGACAAUCCCUGGUGGUCAGGUGGGGAAGCCUUGGCGGGCCUAAUGGUGAGAGUGAUCUCUAGCCUGCAGCUCAGGUUAGAGUUUACACUCGUGAGAUUCGGAACAUUGCCACGGUAACCACGGCAAUGCUCCGAGCUCGCGAGAGGAGAACACGGCGGAGCUGCAGGUUAGAGCUCCCAUGGGUCCUCUCUCCCUCCCCUGCCGGCUGCCGCAUUACACUGCUAGCGGGCCGUAGAGGGAGAUAUCUGAUCUCCCCUCCAGUCCUGCAGAUCCGGCAGGGAAGAGUGAGGCACGGUUCCCGGUGCUAUGAUCAUUUGAUCAUAGCACCGGGAAAAUAUAUCUUGCGGAGCCCCUGUGUGCCCCAGGGCGCCGCAGCACACAGUAUGGGAGCCGUUGGGCUAUAGAGACCAAAACCACAUUAUUAAGCUGUAGUGGUUCUGGUGAUUUUAGUGUCCCCUUAAAUAUCCUGACCAAUUAUUAUAAGCCCCUCUGUAGAACUAUACAACGCUAAAUUAGUGAGGUUUAAUUUGUGGAUAAAAUCUUAAUUGGCCAAUUUGAGUCUGCUAAGCUAUGUUGGAGUGUACCGUAUUUGUCUUUGUCUUAUAGGACAGAUGUCAGGAAGGAAUUAGCAGAAAACAUAUCCUCCUCCAUUACCACACAAAUUGUAUCACAAAAGCGGAAACCUGGGAGGAAAAAUAUCAGUGGCAAAUAUUAUGGUUGGAUUUCCACCUGUUCUGCCUUAAAGGAACAUUCCAAGAGCCAUAAUCACUACAGUUCACUGUUAAGGUUAUGGUGCCUGUAGUGUCCUGAUAACCCCAGUGUAAGUAGUCAAAAUGUGUGAAAACGGUUUGACUUCUUACCAAGGGUUCUCCAAUGCAUCGGUUCCCACCUCUUCUUUGUUUGUUUUUUUGUUUUUUCUCAUUAGCUGGAAAACCUUUGCAAGGAGAUCCUGUUGGCUCUCCUGAGCUAAGCCCUCCAUCUUCAGUGUUGGCAACGUUCUCUUUAAAAGCCAAUUCUAGUUCUCCCCUGGCAUUGAGAGGAUUACUGCGCAAAUAAGUGUGAAUGACUUUGCACGCACUAGUAACCUCUAAUGUAAGUGAAUGGAAAGGUGAAAUAGAACCACCUACAAAUAAAUCUUUUUAAAAAAGAUAAAGAAAAAUUGCAAUAAGAGUGCAAGAACACAAGUCAUGUGUGUGUGCUUUUCUGCUGUGCUAGGCUUUUGAGCAGAUUGUUGGCAGGCUGGUUGUGCGUGCCACUCUAACAUCUUUGUCUGUAAAUAACCCACGCACCAUCACUGAUGGGUCCUUCCAUGUUUUGUAUUAUUGCAUUAUGUUUUGUUAUAUUUAUGUUUACACUCCAUAUACACUACAUCAGCUUUAUGUGUCUGAGAGUGAAAAGGAAAUGGGAUUGUUACCUUUUUUGACUGUCUAACUCUGGUUAUAAAAAUCCCCACAUGGUUUGUUUUUUAGUGAUCCAUGCCAUAGAAUUGGUGAGCGUUUGUAUCACCAUUUUACUUAAUAGAACUGGGAAGGACGUGCUGUGUUUAAAUUUUUUUCAUUUAUUUUUAUUAUAAUUUCUGUUUGAGGUUAACUUUUCAAGUUGGAUUUUUUUUUCUUUAUUUUUAAUCAUCAUUGUAAAAGAAAAGCUAAAGAUUAAACAUUUUCUGGCUGCUAAAUCCAUUUGAUGAGUGAAUCCUGGUUCAUGGGAACAAUGGUGUUCUUUGUCAUGUACAUUACUCUUAUUUCGUACAGUAUUUACUGCCACACCCGUAAAUAGAUCUCUACCAAAGUACAAAUAGUCAUUCUGCUUCAGGCUGCAAUCAAAAUACUUCCAGGGCAAAGUUGCUUAUGUCCCCCACACUUCCCCUCAAGAAAAAACAAUAAUUGCAGUCACUUGCAUCCAUUUCCAUGGGACAUGGUGGAAGAGUCACAUAAACUUCUGAGUUUUUGAUGCUUAAUCUAUGGUUGGGGAUUUCUCCAGCACAUGGUUAUGCAUAUAGCUACCUGAAGUAUUUUUUUUUAUUUAUUUUUUUUAUUUUUUACACGCACCUGUUUUGUGGAUGAUAGAGGAUCUUUCAGUAAUGGAGAGAUUAAUAGAAGGCUAUGAGACAGACUCAAAUAAAUGCUGUACCUAUAUGCCAAUAUGCGUGUUCAGCUAGAAUAACUUUGGUUGAAGGAGAUGGUGUUCCUUGCAUAAUAAUCCACUUAAUAAAUUAUAUAAAAUUAUAACGUUUUUUUUUUUUUUUUAAACAAAUAGUCACAUUAGGCACAAUAACUAACUUAUCUAUGAAGCAAACACCAUUUCCCUGAGGUUGGAUCCAGGCAGGCAAAGGUGAGUUUAUUUAAAUUUGAAUUAAAAAAAAAAAAAAAAAAUUAUUUUUUAUUUUUAACUCAAUAAUCAUGAUAUAGUUCGGCAAAGGUGAGUUUAACAUACCUGUACUUUGCGGGUGCAAAACACACGAAAUUAAACUGGGACUGAAUGCAUUUCACGCCACUACUAGUCUUUAUGAAAUACUUAUUUUGCAGAGGGAGUGCAGUGCUCCUUUAAAACUGCCUGGCCCUCAGGCACUUCAACCCUAUAAUUCCCUGAUAAAGGGGGAAAAAAACAUAUUUGUUUAAUUUUCUGACCUCUAUGAUGCAGAGGUCAGGGAAACACAAUCAACUCCAUGAUGCAGAGGUCAGGGAAACACAAUCAACUCCAUGAUGCAGAGGUCAGGGAAACACAAGCAACUCCAUGAUUUAGAGGUCAGGGAAACACAAGCAACUCUCUUGGAAGUUUAUGUUCUAUUAAAUUUAUUGCAAGAGGUUGCCUGCCCAAGCUGAAUUACAACGAAUAUCCUGCUCAGUGAGAUCAUGUUAGGAGGUAAUAUAUACAAUAUUUACAUCUGAUGUAAUAGUGAGGCAAACGCGUGCUAAACAACUAAUAUGUAAUAGAACGACAAUUAAAGGACCACUCUAGGCACCCAGACCACUUCAGCUUAAUGAAGUGGUCUGGGUGCCAGGCCCAGCUAGGGUUAACCCAUUGUUUUAUAAACAUAGCAGUUUCAGAGAAACUGCUAUGUUUAUUAAUGGGUUAAGCCUUCCCCCAAAGCCUCUAGUGGCUGUCUCAUUGACGGCCACUAGAGGCGCUUGCGUGCUUCUCACUGUGAAAAUCACAGUGAGAGCACGCAAGCGUCCAUAGGAAAGCAUUAUGAAUGCUUUCCUAUGCGACCGGCUGGCUGCGUGCGUAGCUCUUGCCGCGCGGUGCAUUCAGCCGACGGGACGGGGCGGAUCGGAGGAGGAGAGGAGACAGAGAGCUCCUCGCCCAGCGCUGGAAAAAGGUAAGUUUUAACCCCUUUACCCCUUCCAGAGCCGGGCGGGAGUGGGACCCUGAGGGUGGGUACAAAGAAUAUGUGAACAGAAGUACAAGGCAAGUAGCUACCUGGUCAACCAUACCUAAAAUUCCUAUAGUAGGGUUAACGCAAUCUCUCGUAGAGCUAGAACUUCCAUGAUGCUUUGACAGCCGUAAGUUAAAGGGACACUAUAGGCACCCAGAACACUUCUGCUCAUUGAAAUAGUCUUGGUGCAGUGUGCCAGGUUCCUUAACCCUGGAAUUGUAAUUAUAAUGGCCUUGGAAGGUUAACUCCACUUCUAGUGGCUGUCUACCAGGGGCGUUGAACCCUUAUGGAGGCUUAGUGAAGGCUGAAGUGCUUUUGUGUGUGUGUAGUAUUCCUUUUAACAUUUGGUUUUAUUAUUGCUAGAUUAUAAGCUUGUUUUAGUAGUAGUAAUAACAUGUAUUGUAUGCAUGAAUUACCAUCUGGUAUAUAUCCCCUCCAUGAGCUUUUUAUAAAUGGUAAUAAAAAAGUACAUGAAAGAUUGUCACUUCUAUAAAAUGGACAUAAAUAUAUUGAUUGUUAAAGGACCACUAUAGGCACCCAGACCACUUCAGCUUAAUGAGGUGGUCUGGGAGCCUGGUCCAGCUAGGAUUAAACCUUUUUUUCUAUAAACAUAGCAGUUUCAGAGAAACUGCUAUGUUUAUAAAUGGGUUAAGCCAGCCUCUAGUGGCUCUCAUUGACAGCCACUAGAGGGCUUCCGUGCUUCUCACUGCGAUUUUUCACAGUGAGAAGACGCCAGCAUCCAUAGGAAAACAUUGUGAAUGCUUUCCUAUGGACUGUCUGAAUGCGUGCACGGCUCCUGCCGCACAUGCGCAUUCAGUCGGAGAGGAGGAGGAGGAGGAGAGUUCCCGGUGCUGGAGAAAGAGGCAAGUUUAACCCCUUCCUCUCAAUCCAGCCGGGAGGGGGACCAUGAGGGUGGGGGCACCCUCAGGGCACUAUAGUGCCAGGAAAAUUAGUAUGUUUUCCUGGCACUAUAGUGGUCCUUUAAGGUAGUUUAAGAUUAAAAGGGUGAAAGGUGAGAUUAAAUCUGUGUACAUUUUUUACCCUUUAUCUGUAGUACAAUUAGGUUAGGUAAAUGUUCUUGUCAAAUAUGUACAGUAUUGUUUUUUGUUUAUGCAAAUACAAAUUAUUUAACUCCACUCAAGGUGCCAGUUGACUGAUAAGACAUUUUUUUUUCCUUUUGGAUCACAGUCAAAAUGUACGUACAUAAUUUGUGCAAAACACCUAUGUGUAGAAAUGUAUAGCAGACCAACACUUAAGGGUCUUUAUACAAAAACUGUCCUUUUUUUUUAAUGAGAGAACAUAUUGUAUUCAAAUUUGACUACAAUGAAGUGGGGGAAGAAAUCAAAUGUGUGUGUGUGUGUGUGUGUGUAUAUAUAUAUAUAUAUAUAUAUAUAUAUGAUUGAUUUAUUUUUUUACGUCUUGAUUUCAGAGUUGGUAUGUCUUUUAAUGAGUUACUGUGGGUGUAAGUGAGCUCAUGUUUGUAUUUUAGUGUGUGACAUAACAGAUCUUUAAAUAUGCUGACAUGCUAUAAUUGGGCAAUUGCCAGUUCUGGUUGGCUUUGUGCAACUACAGAGUUGAAUAAAUAUUCACCCUUUCUUUAUCUGCUCUUUCAUGAUUUCCCUCAGCUUCAUUUUUAAUGUAAAGGGCUCCUAUUAUUUUUUUUGUACCUUGCCCCUCCUCCCGCCAUAUUGUUUUCUUUUCUUCUCAUACAAGACUGGACAUUUGCGAAAAUUGAAUUUAUAGUACACACCUCUGAAUCGGGAUAGAAUGUUUUUGGCAUGUCACCUCCCAUGCAAUGACCAACAGUGGGGGACUUGUGCUAGGUAUUAUUGUGCCCCAUCACAACAGAAUGGUGCCUUAGAAGCAAGUGGACUGCAAUAGCUGCCCAGUAACUAAAUAUUUAAUCCCAGCUAAACCGUAAACUGCCAAUGAUUUUGCCCAUUUGGGAUUGCAGGCAUUUGGGAUUUAAUGAAUAAGCCUGUAGGUGAAUGGUGUACCGUACAAUUGGACAGGAAGCAAGUCUUGAAAUUAGACUUUGCGGUUUAGGCACUUAACAUUGUAGUGUAGUGAAUUGAAAAAUCUAAAAAAAAAAAUGGAGGCUAGAACAGCCAACAUUGACUGUAGGGGAGUUUGUUUCCUAAUCAGCUAUUGCCGCCUAGAUUUUACAGUUCAGUUUUCAAUUCACAACAUUUUAGUGUUCAGUGGACAAACCUCUCAACAGUCUAUCAGUCCCUCUACACUUACUCAGUGGGGAUUUAAAAUUAACUCUUUCUCUUUCACAUUUACUUCCACAUUUGCGUGCAUGAUCCUUUUUUUCUUGUGUUUAACACUAUUACUACACCAGAAAAGGGACAGACGUGCCCACUGAAGUGGCAUGACAUAUUUUAAUCGUCAUCCCCUUUCUAACAGGACCCUGCUGGGAGCAGGGCUGUCUUUAUUAUUGAUUGGACCCUGGGCAAAGCAUUUGCUUAGGCCACUUGGAUCCUUCCCCCCCCCCUCCUACUUUGCAUGCAUUUACGCCAGCCACCCCAUGCAGUGGUGGAACUGAAGUAAAGAGGUGCAAGAAUUUUUUGGGGUCCCCUCCUGUUGCAAGGGUGACAAAAAGGUAGAUUACCAUCUGUCGUGUGGCUCCAUCAAUGCAUUGAUAGCUGGGGAUCCACCGCUUACCCAUGUUUGCAGGUUUGUAUUUAGCACAGAACAGUAUUUGUGUGUUUGAAUGUAAGUAUAUUUUUGUAUGGAGUAUGUUUGUGUAAAUGUAGGAUAGUGCUUGUAUUUGGUGUUUGCAUUUGAAUGCAAGCAUGUAUUUAUGUGCAGUGUUGGUUUUGUAAUGCGGGGGUGUGUUUAUAAUUUUGAUCAUUAACACUGAAGUAUUUGUAUAUGUGUAUUUGUGUGUUGUGGUGGCGUGUGAAUGCUGAGAUGUAUGUAUGUGUGUAUGUAUGUGUGUAUGUAUAUGUAUAUAUGUGUAUAUAUGUAUGUGUGUGUAUAUAUAUAUAUAUAUAUAUAUAUAUAUAUAUAUAUGUGUGUAUAUACACAAUGACAACAUCCAGACUACAUACAGAUACACACUCCCACACAGAAACAUAUAGUGACAGACAUACUGACACAUACUAACAUACACACAUACUGAAAGACAUGCUGACACUUUCACUCACACAUACAAACAUACUGAUACAGACAUGCACACACACAUAGCCAUACUGACACAUACACUGGCACACACACACUUACAGACAUACUGACAGACACACAUAUACAGACACACGCAAUAUGUACACUUUUAAGCCCACCCUCCAGUUUCCUACCUUGGAGAGUUGUGGUUGGGAGUUGGGGGUCUGGCUCUCUUGGCCUGACCGCCUCCUCCGUCUUUUCCGUGCGGCUCAUCUUUGUGGGAGGAAGUGACUCACGGCCAUCACUUCUUCCCAUGUCGUGCUGUUAAAGCGCCACCGUGUACGACCUAACAUAAGCCUACUAUGUGGCCCCUAAUUCAUGGGCCUUCUUAGUGUGUGGGUCCCCGGUAGGUCUGGCGAGCCUAUGGAGGGCAGCGGGGCCCACGGGGCAACUGCUUUGGUCCCCCUAGGAGUAACUGGGCCCGGGGCAGCUGUCCCAUUUGCCCCUCGUUAAAGACUGCCCUGGCUGAGAGCACUGCUGAAGCGCUCUCUGCAUUGUGGAAGUGUCAUAAAAACAAACUUCCACCUCUCUAACAGUGGCACAAAAAAUGUAGCAGUAAUAAAAGGUUCACUCUUGCACCUCCUUUUCGUAUAUCAACACUUUGACUUUAUAAAAUAACAAAAAAAAUAACAAAAAAGAGAUGCCAGGCAGAAUGGUCCAGAAGAGAGCCACCAGGAAAAAUGUAUUGAUUAACAUAAAUAAUAGCACAAAUUAAUAAAUAGUGGUGCAUCAUAUUUUCAUAAUCACCCCAAUAGAUCUGUCUGUAAACAACUCAUGUGUGACCUCAAUCAGCUCCUACUUGUCAGUCAUUCAGCUCUUUCCCCUAUAUAGAGUUAAUAGUUAGCAAGUAGAUAAAAACAAAUUUGGUUAAAAUAAAAGAAAAUUUGGUUCAUACUUCUAAAGUGGGUUUGCAUACAAUUUCUAGAGCUUUUAAAGGGACACUAUAGGUACCCAGACUUCAGCUCAUUGAAAUGUUCCGGAUGCACUGUCCCUGACAGUUUAACCUGCAUUGUAAUUAUUGCAGUUAUUGAUAGUGGUGGUGGUUCUUUAAUCCUAGCAUAUGUUUUUAGUGUGCCUAGUAUUCUUCAAAGAAAUAAAACUUGUUCCAUCAUUAGUCCAUUGUCUGGGUAGUGACUAAACCCACAAAAAUACUAGGCACAGAGCAAGUAGGUUCUCCCAUUGGAUAAGGUGUAAUGACUUUUGGUAAAGCAGCAUACUAACUAGAGUAGGUAGAACGUUCUUCCAAAUUGGAAAUAGUAGCUGAAGUCACCAAUAAUGGCCCUGCCCCAUCUGCUGGACCUGCAAAGAAUUUUUUCAAGGUUAAAUCUUGUAGGAGCUUAGUCACCAAAUGAAGAUAUAACAACAUUGAGAUGGUACACAAUUGAGACCGCUAAAUAAGUUUCCUCUAGCAUCCCUUACGGUAGUAAAUGAGAUAUAUCAACUACAUUGUCUUAGUCUAUCGAGAACGUCUGUUUCCAUUUGUCUAAACUUUUAUUUCUUAUGUAUGAUCCUUUCUGUUCUUUUUGUAUUGUCCAUCACAGCUUCCUCUUCUUUAAGUUUCUGUCUCAUUUUCCCCUCUUUUUGUAGUUUUUUGUUCUUCUAUAAGUAGAUGUGACUUGUAUCCUCCCUUGGUGUACUGUAAACUUUAGUCACUUUAUCCUCCCACUUUACCAGAAUAAUGUGGAAGAUUAUCAUAGUUUGGAUGGUGUGAGCGCCCCAAAGACUAUUUGCAUUAAAGCCACUUCAGUCAGCUGUAGUGGGUGUGGUGCUUAGACUGGCUCUUAAAGGAUCACUAUAGGGUCAGGAGCACAAACUUGUGUUCCUGACCCUAUAGUGCUAAACCAACCAUUUAGGUGGCUUGACCACUGUAAGCCCUCCUAUAAAAGUUUAAAACACCUUAUUUCCAGCACCGCGCGGGUCUGCUGGUGCUGGCUCACCCCCUUUGUGGCAUCAUCAAAAUGGCUGAUUUUUAGCCAUAGGGAAAGCAUUGGAUUGGCUAAAAUCAGCACGGGGGUGGGGCCAAAUGCAGUUUUUGCCAAUCAGGACCUCCUCGUAGAUAUACGUCGAAUCAAUGCAUCUCUGUGAGGAAAAUUCAGCGUCUCCAUGCAGAGCGUGAGGACGCUGAACAGCAGGGCUGCUUACUGUGCAGCCCUGAGCCAGGAAACCCCUCCAGUGGCCAUCUAAGGAGUGGCCACUUGGAGGUGUCCUUAGGGGCAAUGUAAACACUGCCUUUUCUUUGAAAAUGUUUACAUGAAAAUGCCUGAAGGAUAUGAUUAUACUCACCAGAACUACAUUUAGCUGUAGUUGUUCUGGUGACACUAGUGUCCCUUUAAAGACUACUCUAGACUGCUGACUAACAUGUGGAUGUACAAACAAGUGAUAAACACCACUUGGUUUUUUUAUUUACUAAAUUUAGGGGGGGGGGGGUUACUUUUCUUUGACCAUUGACAGUUUGUUUUUUUUUGUUUGUUUUUUGCAAAACCAACCUGAAAAACAGUCUUCAAUUUCUCUAGCUUUGCUCUUAUGGUUUGAAAUGUGCAACUCCCCACUGUUUUUGGUUUUGUGUAUAGAAACCUCCCUACCCCCCUUUACUAAUGUGUAUCUAAAGGGACGCUGUAGGCACCAGAUCAUCACAUAAGGUUUUAGGGAAAAUAGCCUGUGCCUGCAGUCUCAGCAGUUUAUACACAGCCUUUUCUGACCGCCACUAGAGGGACUUCCUGGGCUCAGUCCUGCAAAGAUUUCUUUGCAUGGCGACCCUAAACACUCCCCAUAGAGAUACAUUGACUGUGAGGAGAUGCUCCCAGGUACAUUAGGUGAUUUGCUGUGCUUGUACAAUAGCCUUUUAUUGCUUUCCAAAGGGGGGAAGCAUUGGAAUGGUUGAGAUCCUCAGGUUUGAUGGUGUCAGCCAUGGAAGUUGGGUGACAGCAUGCACCCUAGUGCAACGGGGGAAAUAAAGUAUGCUAAUCAUUCCUUUAUACACACAGUGAGUACAGAAAUCGAAACCUUUAGAAGGACACUAUAGCGUUGAGAAGACGUGUGUUUUCCUAUUGUAGGGGUUCUCAAUUAAUCUUUCCCGUGGAACCCUUUGACAUAGUGUAUCGACUUUGUGGUACAUCGUGUGUAUGUAUAUGUGUGUGUGUGUGUAUAUAUAUAUAUAUGUAUAUAUGUAUAUGUAUAUAUGUAUGUGUGUGUGUGUGUAUGUAUAUAUAUAUAUAGUGUGUGUGUGUGUGUAUAUGUAUAUAUGUGUGUGUGUGUGUGUGUGUGUGUAUAUGCACAGAUGCGCGUGCACACACACCUUGACACAACACAGAUUCACACACUGAUAUUUAUAUUUGCUCUAAACUUUACUUUUUGUCUUCCUUUAGUGCUGCUGGCUAAGGAUGGUGUGUCAGGUCGGCAGCUGCUCACUCCCCGCUGUGCUCCCUCUCCCUCCAGCCAGCGCGCUCUGUCAGGGAGGAAGCAUCCCAUACAACAGGGGUCCAGUCGCGGUCUUAGAUGCCCGCGGCGCCUGGCCGGCCCCUGUUUGGUGAUACCCAUCUGGUGGCCCUAAAUACUUGGGCCACACGACGGGCAAAUCGCUGUGGACCCCCGAUUUUGUUCUCGCGAAACACUACUUGGAAAUCGCUGUCCUAUAGUGUUACUUUAAAACUGCCUGCAUGUUUAGUAGUAGAGGUAUUAAUUGUGAGAUGAAACUACUUGUUUUUGCUCUCCUGUCCCACUUCAACGCCCAUUACAUACAUAAACAUUUAAUGUAUGUGCAAGAAUACAUAUCAGAAGGAGACUGGCCGUUUUAUAGCUGCGGAGAUAUCUACAAAUCACUGCAGUUAGAAGGAUCUGUGCUUAGGGAAGUAGGUACAAGGGACUUUCCUUGCACUAGAAUUUCUGCAAUAAGCAUGCUAUUAUUGGGAUCAGAGAGUGCCCUGUAACAUACAUUUUACAAGGAGUAUAAUCUAUACAGACAAUAUAAUCUAAGCACUUAAAUUAUUACACAUGUUCUACCACAAAUAGGAUAGAAUGAAUAAAAUUUAAUGGGGUAAAUACACACGAUGUGCUGAAUCGAAGUUACUCAUAUCCUACCCACAACAUCCUGGUUGCAAAAACAAUUUUUAACAGUGACUGUAUGUUGGCAACAUCAUUAACAAAAACAUCUCCUAGAUCUAAGCUCGUUUGUGUGGGUCUGCCUUGGAUACCAGAUUGUUAUGGCAGCAUAGAGUCAUAACAAGGGGUUAAACUGUGUCUGCUUCUGAUUUAUACUCUCUGGAGGAAAUGUCUAGUAUUUGUCCCUUGCUGCUUUUUGUUGUUGUAAUAUGAUCUGCACAUGAACACCUGCUUUCCAUUAAUAAUCUAGAAGGGGGGAAGGAGGUGUGGGGGAGGGCUUUCUAUCAAGUAGUUUAUACUUUCAUAUAUGCUCCUUCAAAAAUAUUCAAAGGCUCUUGUUUAGUGAGUUCAUAGCCUGCUACAAAUAAAGAACAUACAGUAGUAAAUGGUAAAAAAAAAAAAAAUACUACCUUGUCAGAUGUGUUUUUAAAUACAUACUUUAAUUAUGAUUAGCGUAAAAUAGAAGAUAUUCAUCUCUAUAUUUAUCUUCAAAGUAUAGUUCUGCUCAGGGUUUACCUUAGGGUUAAUCCAGCCUCUAGUGGCUGUCUCACUGUGAUUUUCACAGUGAGAAGAUGCUUGCGUCCAUAGGAAAGCAUUGAGAAUGCUUUCCUAUGGACUGCCUGAAUGCGUGUGCAUUCAGCCGAUGAUGGGGAAAGGAGGCGGAGAGUCCCCACCACCGAGGGAGGACGGCAGGGGAGAAAGGUAAGUGAUUUAACCCCUUCCUACCCCUAGAGACCCUAUAGUGCCAGGAAAACAAGUGUGUUUUCCUGGCACUAUAGUGGUCCUUUAAUGACUAUGAGGGGGUGGGCAGUUGUCACUAUGUGAUUUUAUAAAAUGUAUAGGGUUUAGGUUUGGACUUGAGACAUUAUAUUGAGUUGGUUUUGGAUGUUGCUUAAGUCAAUAUGCAGGAGGGACCAUAACAUUUACCCUUGGGCUGAAGCCCCUGGUGUUUUUGUUACCCAACGAUGCUUCUGCUCAACAGCCCAUUUUUGGACAUACUCUUUCUGCAGACAGACAAAUCUGUGAGUGAUGUGCUUAAUUUAACACACACCCCUGCACACCCCUGCCCACUUUUUAGAUGGUUACUUCCUGGUGCAGUGCUGCACGUCCUUAAGAAACCACCUGGAGGAGCAGAAAGCUCAGCUGAUGUUCUCAGCCAACGAGCUGGCCUUGCUCAGGUAUGCUUGGUUCAUCCGAGCUAAUGGAAGCUACUUGCAGAUGCUUUUGAGUACAUUGUAGGAGUUGUCUGGCACCCAGCAGACCUAAGAUAAGUUGUCAAACUAUUCUCAAACAGUUUGACUUGUGCUGUGCUAGGGCACUCCUGACACCAUAGACACUAAAGUGGUAUGUAGUACUUUUUUUGAUGCACAGACACUAUCAUUGGCUGAGAGCAGUGAUGCUUUCAGCCAGUGAAUGAGCGGCAGGAUCGAUAUCCAGGUUAUGUAUUUCUGUAGAAGGCAGAUGUCGUAACCUGCCUACAUCAGUAAAAUUGCUUGCCCAUUUCCAUGGCACCUGUGUGGUGUAUAUUUAUUACACACAGUCUUAUGAUGACUAUAAAAAGGAAGUCUGUCCAAAGCAGUUCCCCUUUUAUGAAGCAAUUAAAUGCCAUUCUGUAAGCAUUUUUGCUUUUUUUUUCUCACCAGGGGAUUUUAAUUGGUUAAAGGGAAAUGAGGCAGUCUUUCAUGCAUUCCUCUAUGUAUGCAUGCAUGUUUGUAUGUCUAGAGAAGAUGAGUAAUACAUUUUUAAGUCCUCCACCCAAAGAUAAGUCAUUGGAGAAUGGAAUUCUAGAAUGUGAUAAACAUUUGAACUUGCAAGCAAUCAAAUCAAACUGUUAGUAUAUCAAUUGACUGUAUUUAGGGGUUUGUCCUUAAAGGAGCCCUAUAGUGUUAGGAAUCCACAGCUGUGUUCCAAACACUAUAGUGUCCCUGUGCUCCCCCCACAGGCGAGUAAAGGGUUAAAUGACCCUUUUAACACAUGUGACUGCAGUGCUGAGGUCCCCCAGUGCCGACUCCAUCUCCACAUCCUCAUGUCAAAGUGUCAACUAAUGAGCAUGUCGCUCUGCUUGCAUUAUAUAUUCCCUAUGGGAAUUUUCAAGAUUUUGGAUGUCCUUAUGGAAAGUGUGAAGAUAUCGUGCAUCAUUUCACAGACUCUGUGAAACUGCAGGAAGCACUGCUAGUAAAGGUCUGGUAGCCAGCCACUGGAGACAGUCUUAAAGGGAUUCUAUAGUGUUAUGAAUACAAAUCUGUAUUUCUAACACUAUAGUGCUCUCUCGAUGUUCACUUUUUGAAACUGUAUAACAUGAGGAAGUUGAUAUUCUAUCCAUGAAUACUCCGUAUUCUUUUAAGUAUCUUAUUUGUUUAUUAUUGGCAUUUAGAAAGCACCAACAUAUUCCGCAGCACUGUAUUAUUGGGGCAAACUACAAUAUGAAUACAGUGAAGACCCUUGCUGUGAGAGGGGAUCUAGCCCCUGAAGAUGUUUUAUACAGAGAACUUUGCUAGAUAGCCUAUGCGCUUACAAUGAGUUUAAAAUGGGGAGAUGAGACGAGGUAGCAGGAAGAAUUUAGAGGUGGUGGCAGAGAUAGUUAAUGAUAUAAUUGCAUUAACUGGCUUCAUGUUAAGGGAAAGAGGAAGUGUUUUCUUGUUGUGUAGCUAACAUGUGGCAGCAGGGGUAGGAAACCUUUUAGAAGUAAUGUGCCAAAAUUGCUAAGUUCUUGAAGUUCCUUGGCUCCCCCCCCCCUUUUUUUUAAAAAAAAAAAAAGCUUGUAGGUUACCGUAUUCUGUUUGUGUUAUUUUAUGAGUGCUGCAGUUGCUUUGUGGUGGUGCUGUUAUAUUGUAUAUGUUCAUGCGUAGUUUGUGCUAUUGUGUAUGAUACCUAUCUAUGGGGGCUGCUAGUGGAGUUGUUUGCUGUACUGUGUAAAUUGAGAAUUGUCCCUCACCACCUGCAAUCACAGUUCAGUUUGAACUAGAAGAUAUCUGAAGUCCAUAUAUACCAUGAAACUGCACCUCUAGUGCCAUGGGUUGCUGAUCCCUAGUAUAUAGUAUAGUUGUAAGAAUAUUCUAUAAAGAGUAUGUUAAACAGCUGGAAGUGCUUAGUGGAAAUGAAGUGGCUUUCUUUCAGUUAUUUUGUGGAAUUGGGCUUUAAAAUUGCAGGGAAAACAAACAGAAAUGGAACUUAACUUUUUUUGAGGAGAUGAGGAUAAUUUACCUGAAGCUUAAAUAGCUCCCUCUGUCUCCCCCCUCACUCGCGGCCCUUCUCCACCGGCCAAUAAAAGGUUAAUAAACCAUUAUUUACUCACACGAUGCCAGCGCUAAUGUCCCUCUGCUUCUUCAGACGUCAUCCGACGGGGUGGGUUAAUGCGCAUUCACAGGAAGUGCAUUAGGCCCUCCCUUAGAAAAUCUUUGCUACAAUGCUUUCCUGUGGGGUUUAACUUAUAGAUAGGAUAAGAACCAUUCUGCCCAUCUAGUCUACCCAAUUUUCUAAAUAUGCAGAGCGUUAGAAUGUCCAGCAUUAGUUAAGUGACUUAGUCACCUAGCAAGCAGGAAGCGCUUUUGUGGUUGCUCUGAAACUGCUUUGUUAUACAUUGCAGGACUAAAGGGACACUCCAGGCACCCAGACCACUUCUGCCCAUUGGAGUGGUCUGGGUGCCAACUCCCACUACCCUUAACCCUGCAAGUGUAAUUAUUGCAGUUUUGUGCUACAGCGUCACUGGACAUCCUAACGCUGUGUGAGGACCUCCAGCGUCGCUAAAAUCCCCAUAGGAAAGCAUUGAAAAACAUUUUCAAUACUUUCCUAUGGAGAGGUCUAAUGCGCCUGCGUGGCAUUGCUGCGCAAGCGCAUUAGGUCUUCCCCGCCGGCGGGCGUGAUGAAGGGGAGGAGCGUGAGCGGAGGAAGAAGCAGCGACAUGUCGCUGCCUCUGGUAAGUCACUGAAGGGGUUUUCACCCCUUCAGCAACCGGGAAUGGGAGGUGGUGAGAGGGAGAGGGGACCUGCAGUGCCAGGAAAACUGGUUGGGGAAAUAGGGACACUGUACCCGGACCACUUCGAUAAGCGUGCCUAUAGUGUCCCUUUAGGGGAGUCUCCAGUAGAACUGUUUUAAGCUGUAUAGCAUCACGUCCAGAGUGAAAUCUAACUAAAUUGUGUUGUGCAAUGUUUUGUAAGCAGUCUCUUAAAUGUGUUCUGAAACAAUUUUAGAGGGAGAAUUAACGAGAUGGAGCAGACCACCAAGAAUUUUAAGCACAUUUUAUAAAUGUAUAUAAUUCCAUCAGGAGACCUGUCAAUAAGAACCUGUUCUGUGCUAGGUCUAAACUCAACUUGACUUUGUUUACUUUAAAAAAGUUGCGGUGUAUAUACUUUUUCUGCAGUGGUGACAUUUUCACUACAGAAUACCACACUUAUUACUUCCAGGCAUCCACCUUGCUGUUUAUAAAUUCUUCUUGAAAAUCGUAAUAAAGUCUGCACGUACAUAUUUAUAAGAUUAUAGUACCGACUAAUAUUUGGCUGUUUUUGUUUACAGGUCAAGAAUUUGACUUAUCCGAAGCAUUAGACAAACCUGGUAAGUGUGAUAUACUAUUCAAUCCAAUGUUCCAACUAGAAGUUGCUUGUAUUUUAACAUGCAUUUAGACAUGAACACACAUAAUGAAUACAACAUUUGCCAAUGUAACACUUGCAUGCAUGUGUGUAAGGUGUACUUCAAAGUUCCAAGUGAUUUUGAAAAUGGACUAAUUGGUAAAAUUGGAUUUCUGUGAUUUUCUAUUAAAUAGUGAAUUAUUGGUAAACCUUGCUACUUGGGAGAGGUAAAUAUUAUCUCUCUUUUCAGUGGAAACUACUCCAAACAAACCUGCAUCUCCUACUGAUGGUAGUAAGUACAUUUGUGCUUUUUCCAAAUAUCAAAAUUAGCUGCUGCUUCUUCUUUUUUGUUUUUGUUUUUGUUUGUAUAGAUAUAUAGAUGUAUAGCAUUUAUAUUAACCAGAUUUACAUGUGUUGUAUAUUUACAUUGAAAUUUGAAUUGCGCAAUUAGUCUAAUAAAGCGGGAUAGAGCUCAUUUAUUUUAUAUUGUAUAAUAUUACGUGAUCGGCCUGUUAUCCAUCAGAUUUUAAAUACUGGACAGUAUUGUGUGAUAUCACAGCAAGCAUUAAAGGGCUAGCAUAGAUUAAAAUAUAUAUAUAUUUUUGUAGAUUAUGAAUUAGAUAAAAAUGUAGAUAAAUUUUAAAUUAAAAUGAAAAAAAACAAGCAUAAAGUGGUUAUGGCUUUCAGACUGAUCUUUUAAAAAAACAAACAAAAAAAACCCCACUGUUUAAUGUAACAGUCGCUCUCCCUUUACUGAUCUGAUAAGAGAGGGGCUGGACAGACGUAGAGUGCAAUAACCUUUCCCUAAGUCCUCUCCCAGCAUAUCACAAAAAAUAGAGGAGCUGAAUUAAGAACAGUAGCCGCUUUGGCCAGAAAGUGUAACUAUAACUUGUCAUGGGCAAACAAGGAUGUCCUGGCACUGCCUUAAUUAAAGGACCUCUCUAGGCACCCAGACCACUUCAGCUUAAUGAAGUGGUCUGGGUGCCAGGUCCAUCUCGGAUUAACCCUUUUUUUUUUUUUUUUUAUAAACAUAGUUUCAGAGAAUCCAGCCUCUAAAGCCUCUAGUGGCUGUCUCAUUGACAGCCGCUAGAGGCGUUUGCGUGCUUCUCACUGUGACAAUCACAGUGAGAAGACGCAAGCGUCCAUAGGAAAGCAUUAUGAAUGCUUUCCUAUGAGGCUGAAUGUGCCCGCGCAUGCGCAUUCAGCCGAAGAGGAGGAUCGGAGGUGGAGAGGAGGAGGAGGAGAGCUCCCCGCCCGGCGCAGGAAAAAAAAGGUAAGAUUUAACCCUUGCCUCUCCCCAAAGCCCGGCGGGAGGGGGACCCUAAGGGUGGGGGCACUCUCAGGGCACUAUAGUCCUUUAUGGUCCUUUAAAGAAACCCGAAGUCUAGCCUUAACCCUAAUCAUGUGAUAAAAAAAAUAUAUUAGAGUAAUAUAAUACUAUUUCAGGGUUCUGGAGACCUUCCUAUAGGAGUCCACAUUUUGAUUUUUGAUGUAUUAUGAUACCUUUACAUUUUUUUCCAUAAUUCAUGAUUCACUGGUAUGGUUUAUCUAUACUGAUAUUUUUAGGAAUCUAGAAUAGAGCCAUUUCUACCUAAAAUAGGACAUUAAAUAGUUAAAGGACAUCUCCUUAUGAGGACAAAAUUGUACAAGUUUCAAUAGCAGGAUUUUAAUGUUGUUGUGUUCAGAGCUUUACACUAAAUAAAUAUAUGUAAAUAUACAUUGUAACUCCAUAAGUUUCCAGUAGCCUCAUCUGAUUGAGUUAAUAAACCAGCAAAUAGCCUCAAAACACAUCAAUCUGACAUGUACUUAUGACUUACCAGUUCCCGGUGCUGGCUGAGGUGUCCUGGUCCGUUAAUCCCGUGUGCUCACAGGCGAAUGCUCCUAUCAAGAUUGAAGGCUUAGUAGCUGGGAGAGGCAGCCGAUCUCCCGACUCUGGGCCCCUAUUUCACAGUGAGUUGCCCCACGCAUCCCCCCCCCCCCUUUGGACCAGUGGGGGGGAUAUCCUGGUUCCCACAGAGUGCUUACCUUAAUACUGCUGAGAAGUGGGUUGUCAGUGGUAUCCAGCUAUAAAAAAACCUCCAAGGCUGUCUCCUCAUGCAUUGAGAGAGCCUUUAACCCCUUAAGGACCAACCUUCUGGAAUAAAAGGGAAUCAUGACAUGUCACACAUGUCAUGUGUUCUUAAGGGGUUAAACUCCUGUGGUCUAAAUUACAUGCUGCAAUCAAGAGGGAAUCUGCGAGAGACGUACCUCAACAGUCCGCUACAAGUCAGGCUUCCAAAAUACAACCUGCACCGAUCCGCAAAGCCCCAGUGCAACCAGCUAAAUGGGAGAGGAAGGAGGAAGCAGACCGCACCUCGAUUUCAGACUCCACUCAAAGAUCUGCCAACACCCCCUCGACCUCAGUCCGCACGGGGACCUAUCCCCAGACACCGCUCACAAGCCUGGGUACCCUAUGCACAGCGUUGACGCCAGCUACUUGCAGGAGGGUCCCGGUAUUCCGUCCAGACCGCUGGAAGCGAACAGACCAGUGAGGAACAAGUGCUGGACUCUAUCAGAGUCUGGGGCUGGAGGGGUAGCUUUGAGGAGACCCAGUAUUUAAUUCUACCUUUUGGGCAGGCUACAUGAAUCAGUGGGCAUAGGAUGAACAACCGCUCCUCAAUAUAGGGCCCUACUCUCCUUAGGCCUCUUGGCCCACAUUGGGCAGUGUUUAUAUCCCUGCACCCCUUUUCAACCACUUUCAGUUUUGAGCGCUAUGUUUUUUGUUCUUGGUGUGUUGUAUGUUUUUGUUUUUUUUUUGUUUGUUUUUUAAACUCUUGCUCCACUCUGUGACAUUAUUCUGGCUAGUAUCACCUUGGUGCUUCUUAUAGGCACUGUGCCCUCAAUAAACCUUACUGCAUGCUUCCAGUGCAUGUGGCCCACACAUUACCCUGUCUAUGAUCACUACUAGCACUGUGUAAUAGCCGGAUAUUUUUAUGAUAAAAUGAGGCUCCCUCAUUUACUUUGUGACAUACCACUAGCCACUCCAUAGCAUCCUACUGUAUUUCAUGCUUUAGGUCCAAACCUGUUUGUAUCGUUUAUAUGUGACUAUUCUAUUAUACAUAUAAACUGUAUUAUGCUUGUUCGCAAGUGGUGUUGUUGCCUCUAUCUUACAUUUUAUUAUUUUAUAUAAUGCCUCAAUAAAAUAUUGAUUGACAAAAAAAAGUUUCCAGUAGAGUUUAAUCAUCUUUAUCAAAAAAGAUAUGGUUCGAGAUUUUUUUUAGAGAACACCUUCUUCAGUAGCAAAUAAGCAGCACUUAUUCUGUUAUAUUCAGUCCAUUUUCUUUAGGUUAUUGGCUCCCCUUUGUUGAGAGUAGGUAGGGGGGUGCAAAACGUACCUUUGAAUCCAACACUGACAGGGUUAUUUAGUAAAGUAAGAAUUCAAAGUGAAUUUUAAAUAUAAAGGCACAAUAUAGUCGCCAGAACAAUUACAGCUUAAUAUACUUGUUCUGAUGUCUCUAGCCUGUCCCUGCAGUCUUUUUCAUGUAAAAACUGCCUUUGAUUGUCUGAGAUUGUCAGAUAUGAUCUCUGCCACAAAGGUAGGGCAAAGCGAGACUAGCCACAAGCCAGGCUUGGUAAAAUCCCUUUUUUUAAAGUAAGGAGGGGGGGAAUACAUGUUUGUAUUCCUGACCCUAAUGUUCCAGCCAAACAUAGCUGACAUAGAGAUGGUUUCGGUUAUUAUGACCUUAAAUUUCAAAUUGACUUUGAAUUCUAAAUUUAGGCAAGAAUAGAUGUUUUUCAAAGAAAGAAGAAGGGAAAAAAAAGCAAACCGAAUGGUCUAUAGGCCUUUCUUAACCGAAAUGUAGCAACUUUGCUUUCAACUCACUAGAAUGGUUAGUUGAAUACACCCAUUAAUCUUCAAGAAAUUUAGCCUCUUCAUUUCCUAGCUAACUGGUUAUAACAAUGAGCAAAUUAACUUAUAACAAUUGUGAAAAUAAUGCAUUAAUACCUCAUUAAAAUGAUGGAAUUUGAUUCGGAUCUGUUGAGCAUGCCACCAAUUCCAAUAAUUAUCUCAAAAGUAAUUAUUUUAAAAGACUACUUGGUCAGGGGUAUUUAAUUAUGUUGCAUGAAAACAUUUCACCAAAAGUUACUGUAUUUCUGUUUAUUACUGAUAAAAUAUGACAUCAGGAGGGGUAUAUUUUUUGCUUUAUUAGAACUGUUUAAUUUCCUCCUACUUAAAGGGACACUUUUUUAUUGAAGUUAUCGUUCCUUCAGUCCUGCCCCCCUCCAAAUAUGUAUUCCUGAAGUUAGUGUUCCUGUAAACAAACUGACUUCUAAAUGUGAAAUCUAACAUACUAAUGCAGUUAAACAUUCCCUUUUAAUUUUCUCUUGUAUAGAUCCAAAGCCUACCAAGCAAUCAGAUCCAAAACCUCAGCCAGAAAAUCCUGGUAAGGGCAGUGGGAAAACAAUUAUUUUCUCAAAUUUUUGAAAAAACAGUGCUCAGACUUGCAUGCAUGGACAAAUUUAUUUUUCAACUAGUAUACUUAAGAACUAUAAAGAAAUGGAAUAUGUCUUGAAACCAUAGUUAGAACAAUUUAAUUCUUUACAGUGAUACUUUGAAAACCUAUUUUUUUAUUUUUUUUUUAUGCAAGGAUGGGAAUAUAGAUCAGUAUUGCUGUUCUGCAUUGUGCUUGUCUUUAUUUGGAUGAUUGAUAAUCAGUGAGGGAAAAUAAUAUAGGAAUAUAUGAGAAGAUCUUCAGAUCGGUUGGAGCCAUGUCCAUAAAUGCUGAUGAUGUCUUCAUAACCCUCUGGUUGGUUGUUUGAUAGUAACCAAUCAGUGUUGUUAGAAGUCAAAUUACACAGCAUUGGAAAAUUCCAAAGAACUUUCACGCUGUAUAAAAUGACACAAAGCGAAAAUUCCAAAGAACUUUCACGCUGUGUAAAAUGAGAUUUACCUGUCAGAGCACUCUGGUUGGCUUAAACCAACCAAUCCUAUCGCUCUGAGCCUAAUUGCUGGGUGUGGGAAGGCUUUCUAAGUCUGCGCUAUGCCCUCCAUGGGUGAAGAUGGAUAAUUUUUGUUAGCGUCAUUUUUUUUUGUUUGUUUUUUGUCGUAUUAUUUUUAUAUUAUUUUGCUCUGGUUUAUUUUAUUUUCAAAGUCUGACGGGUACUAUAGACUUUUAUUUGGCCUUUUUUGGGGCUGAAAGAAGAUUUUAGGAAAAAGACAUCAAAUGAUGAUAAACUUUUUUUUUAAUGGUAAUUUAGGGCCCCCACCUGCUGCUCAGGGGCGGGGGCUGUGGAGGAGGAGGCCAAUAGGACCCCCUCCCGUCGCUCAGGGUGGCGGCCGGGGGGGACAAUAGGUCCCCCCCAUUUUUACUUAAGGCCCCCACACCCGCUAUGCAACGAUAGGUUCCCCUCCCGCCCCCUUAUUGUUAUUUAGGGCCCACACCCCUGAGUUUUGAGGUCCAGCUCCACAUCACAAGACUUCUGGAUAUUUUUUUUUUAGGAUUUCCUACCACCCUUUUCCAAACGUAAGCCAUGAUUCAUCACAUCUGAGUCAUAGAAGCAACUGGACAGAAUAUAUUGUUCUACAUAGCUUUGUCAAUAUUUAUAACCCAAAUGAAGAUUAUUAUGCAUUUAACCCCUUAAGGACACAGCUUCAAAAGCUUGUCUUACCCUUAAGGACAAAAGACACUUUUGCAAUUUUUGCUGUUUGUGUUCAAACGCAAUUUGCAUCUGUCAUUUAUUGCAACAACACAUAUUAUAUACCGUUUUUCAGAGGGCAAACAGGGCUUUAAUUUUUUGUCACAUAUACCUAGAUAAAUUCUCAUUAUUUAUAAAAAAAAAAAAGCAACAAAAUGGGGGAAAAAAACACACAAAUAUAUAUUUUUUUCAGUUUUGGCAAUAAUACCGUUUGCAUAAUAUGUCCAGCUCAGAAAAAGUAAUUCAAAAUAAAUUAAUUUAGGUGUCUUGAUUUAUAGAAUUUCCCAUAACUCCUAACCACCCCAGCUAGCAAAAUAUAUAAUUAUAAAAUAUUUAAAUUAAUUUAAAAAAUGUAACCCCUGAGAGUUAAAAAAAAAAAAUUCAAAAAAAAUCACAUGACAGUAAAAUGUAAUCUCUGCCUGAUCACUGUAGUCAGUGAUCAAUUAGCAGGGAAGGGGUUAAUUUUAUUAAAGCAGGAGAAAGGGGGGGUGGGAUUUAACUUUUACUUUAUUUUUGUUUUGUUGUGAUCCGUCUCCCUGAACUUCACACUGGAUGCGAAAACUUCACACUGGAUGCGAAAGAGCAGGGAGGCGGAUCGUGAGUCUCUGCAGCGCAUGUGCUUGCUCUGACAGCUUGUCCAAGCGAUCACCGCGAUCCGAUGCUCCCGGUCUGCCUCGAAUACAAAGGCAGACCUGUUGAGCGUUAAACCCGUGAUCGCAGCUGUAACGGAUCACCUGGCACCCUGACUGGUCCUAGCGCUUCUUGAGGAUUCCAAGCACUCUAACCGACACCACAAGCCGAACCUCUCUUCCUUCAGAGCGAAGCAGGAACAAGCUCUUAAAAGAGCUUAGGAGUGAUUAUAGCAAGGGAAUAUGCAGAGCAUAGCAAUCCCUUGCAGCAGAUUUCCCCAUUAAGAGACAGGAUUCCAAAUUGAAGGUGAAGUAGAACUGUCUAAAACUUUAUUUUACUUGGGAUUAGCCCAUAUGGUAAUUACAUUAACAUUGCUGUGAAAACACAAUAAAAUUACAAACAGUCAAAUCAUAGCAGACAACAUACAGUGACUACUUAUAACAAAUUUUAAAGGGGUGGGGGGGACAAUAAUUAACAGAAAAUAUCUCACGUGCCUGCAGAAUUAGCAAUAUGAAAAUCUACCCAAAUAUGCAAAUGAACCAGUCUUGCUAUUCAGGUAGUGCAUAUUGCUGUUGCUACCAACAGAGGGCACUAGACAAGCUCCAUAGCCAAAUCCACCUAGUUGGUAGCAAACAUGAGCAGGCAAUACAUCCCAGGGGCCAUAGUCACAUGGCAGGAGGCUGGCAAUCAGUCUUCUCCAAUGCUCAGUGGCAAGGCUGGUUCCGCCACAGUGGCAAUUUGGGGUUAACUUUAGUUAACGAAAGGACAAGGUUGACAGACAAUUUCUAUCUUCAGUCGGGAAGGGGUUAAUGCUUUACUUUUCAAUGUCUUCAAAUUUUCCCUGUUUAUUUGUAUCUUUGAAAUUACAAAAUCUAUAUUUUUAAAAUGUUUUGUAUUAUAUCUAUAACCAAUACAAUCUCUAUUAACUGCAAGGUAUUUUUUGUUAUAACUAUUAUUCAUUAAAUGCUUAGCUGUUGGUUUGUUUAUGCUAAACUUGCGGCUUGAUUUUAUUGAUCUACAGGUUUUCAUCUUGAAGACGCUUUUGAUUUAGGUAAGCAGUACAUUGGUGGGAACAAUUUAUAUUGUUGUUGUAGGUUAGUGGUUCCCAAACUUUUUUCCACUGGUGUACCACACUGUCACAAAUACAGAUCCAAACACACAUCAAGGCACACAUACAGGUCAUAUUUUUAGCCGCCCUUCUGUUUCCUACCUUUUGGGUGCAGGUGGGUGGCUUAUGCUAACUUGGACUUUUGGGAGUUAUGGUCUUGCUCUCCUGGUCUAGUCUCCCGUCUGCGCAGUUUGAUCUGUGUUAGCUGGGAGGAUGUAACCGGUGGUAUGUGAUAAACUUGUCACACAUACAUGAAUAAAAUAUUUCCCCACCCCCCAUCUUUCUUCACUUUAAUAUAUUUGCCAAUAUACAACCUCUCCCAAAGUGAUCCAUACCCAAGUCCUUAUUCCAUCACCAUUUAGUGUUUUCUCUAUGACAUAUCAUUUGAGAACUUGGAAUGCAUUUGUUUUGAAUUUCUUUUUUUUUUUUUGGUCUAUGAACAAACAGAUUAUGGUUUUAAUCUUGACUAGAAUGCAGUCUGUACAGACCUUUUACUUUAUUGAUUUUAGUUUGUUAUAUCCCGAGGGUGGUUUCCACUGACAGAUGUUUUUUUAGGGACGGGACAGUGCUGUACUAUGUUUAAUAAAUGAAAAUACAUUAUAUUCAUCUAAGUUGGCUUGUACUUCCAGUUUGGCUAUUUUGUUCUAAAAUUUAAGAUUUUUACUUUAAAUUCCGAAACAAUUCUCACUUUAGUGAAUAACCCUGUUUGUUUGUAUCAGUCUUUGGAUGCAAAGAAAGAUGUAUUAUAAAUGAGGCCACUAGAGGGGGUCUCUUGAAUUUAGAAACUGUCGCUGAAAAACUUCUUGUUCUGAGUUUCUCAUAGAUAUUCUUUGUGAAUUAAAGGAAAUCCAAACCUUAUAUCGUAGUUGUGUACAGGAUUUUACAAUGCUUUGGCUAUCCUAAAUCUACGCAACCUGCUGCAGUCCAUAAACAACUUGGUUCUGUAUUGAACUUUCAAUACUGUGGCUGUCCUAAACCACAUCAGCCUACUAUAACACACUUUGUCAACUGUAAAAUCAGUCCCUUGAGUUACAGGAGCUUGCCGAUAAAAUGCUAGAGGGAUAUAUGAUACCCUACUCCUUCUCUUCUAAAACUCACUAAAACUGCGUGCCUCAGCAGAGUGUUUAAUCCAGCCAGACAUACCAGCCAAGAAAUGACAUUCAAAUAUUAUCACACACUGCCUUACACAUUGCCUUAUAUAAUGAUUACCUGUGGGAUACUUGACACGUCUUCGACCUGUCGAGCCAUAGCUCGAAGCCUGGCCCAGCCUGAUGGAAAUCCUGGAAGAAAGGCAGCGGCUGCUGAAAAACACCACACUAAAAAACAUCACACUGACUCCAGAAUAUUUUAUCGUUGGAGGAUUUAGCUUUAUUCAGCAUUGAGAAGGUAACAUGCUCAUGCUGCCUACUAACAAAAGAAACCCUCAAAAGGAAUCGUUGAGCAUCCAAGCCCAGCUCCUUAUUACUAAGAUCCCCAAACUUGGACUCCAAAUGCAACAGUGCUGCCGUGCUGCGAGAGGGCCACGUUUGCAUACUUGAACAAAUGGACACUCUGGUGAGUGAAUUCAUUGAGGGUCAAGAGGAAACCCGAAGAACAGGCCUCCUCCGCCAGGAAUAGAAUUUGAGCAAUGGGACCUGCCACAUUCGGCAUCUUGUCCUGUGCUGCCGUGAAUCUUGCCUAGAUCCCCUUGUGAAGAUCUUGGACAUAAAAGUAUAAAUCAGGUGGUCAAAGUCUGGACCAUUUUGUCAGGAGGUGCCUGAUAAUUUGAGGCCCGUGGUAUAAACUAAUGUUGAAGAUCUUCUGUGGAACUAUAUAUGUCAAAUUCCCAAUUAUUUUAAAUUCAUUUAUUAUACUUCCUUUUUAAUUUUCUUUUCUUUUGUAUAUAGGUCCAGAGCCUACCAAGAAACCAGCUCCAAAACCUAAGCCAGAAAAUCCUGGUACAGGUGGUGGUAAGACUAUUAUUUUCUCAAAUGUCUGAAAAUUUAUAUUUUUUUGGUUUUGUUUAGCAGUUAUUUCUCCACAAAACAGUGCUCAGACUUGCAUAGACAAAUGUAUUUAUCAAUUAGUAAUACUUAAAGGAACACUCUAGGGUCCGGAGCACAAACUUCUAUAUGACCCUAUAGUGUUAAAAACACUAUCUAGCCCCCGCUUACUCUAUUAAAUAUGGUAGAACCUUACUUUAAUUCCAGUCUGCUGGUGCUGGCUCUGCUCCUGACCUGCCUCUUUGGCUGACAUCAUCAGAAGUGAUCAUAUCAGCCAAUCAACACAGGAAAGCAUUGGAUUGGCUGAGAACUUCUGAUUAUCUCAACCAAGGAGGUGGGUCAGGGGCGGAGCCAAGCACCACAAUGAUCAAUGCAUCUCUAUGAGGAAAGUUCAGUGUCUCCGUGCAGAGGAUAGAGACUCUGAAUGUCAGUGCUGCACAGUGUGCACCACUGCCCCAGAAAGCACCUCUAGUAGCCAUCUGAGGAGUGCCCACUGGAGGUGUCCCUAGGCUGCAAUGUAAACACUGCCUUUGUUCUGAAAAGACCGUGUUUACUGCAUAAAGUCGUCAGGAACUGACUAUACUCACCAGAACAACUACAUUAAUCUGUGGAUGUUCUGGUGACUAUAGUUUCCCAUUAUUGUAUAUAGCAAUGUUAUCUUGAUUCAUUUGUGGAAUCUUCCUUUAAACCAUAGUUAGAAAAGAUUUAAAAAAAUCUAAUUCUCUACAGUGCUACUUUGAAAACCUGGAAACAAACUUGCAUGUGGAAGAGCAACUAAAUCUACAUACAACACAAAAUGAAUGAGCACUUACUAAAGUGGGGUGCUGAAUAGAUCUGACAUCACCAUACCAGUAACUAAUUUCAAACAAAGCAUGGUCCAGUACUCUCCAAAAAUAAUGUAGUAAGGAAGGAACAAACGAACACUUCAGCUCACCUAAGAGCCCUUUCAAGCUUGAAAAGAGCUCUUACGUGAGCCGAAAUAUGUUUUUGCUUUCUGCAGUGCACUAACUAAAGAAAUAAAAAAAAAAAAUUACAUUAUUUUUGGAGAGUGCUGAACCUCUGUUUAAUUUUAAGAGAAAUUUUAUAAUUACUAAAAUGUACUCCUUCGCAUGAGAAUUUGUUUCCUAACUAAAAGGUUAAGAAACUUUAAAAAUUAAAAAUUCAAAUGUUCACUUUCUGCAAGAGUAAUCCAUUAACUCACACUGAUAAAGUACAUGUUUUAUAUUCCAAAACACUGGAAUCUAAAACAUCCUGUGCUAUAGGCUGGUUUUCCUCUCUGCUUAAACACUGCCGCACUUUAUUCUCAAAUUACUGCAGCUAAAUGCCACAACAAAAUAUAAUUAACAUAGUUUGUAUGACCUCUACAUAAAGUUAGAUUUAAAAAUGCAAGUUGUAUACAUUGGUUUUUUUCUGAGUAGUAGGACUUUUUGUAUGUUGACCCAAAAAUAACCCACAAGAUUUGUCUGCUGGCACAGUCAGAGACCAACCGUACUUGUCACAGUCAAUUUUAUUUUUUUGAUUUUCAGGAAGCUUUUCUGAUGCUGAUCUUCUAGGUGACAAUGAAUUGCCAAAUGACCCUCAACCAGGUGAAGAUGGUAAUCCCAGUGGUAAGACCUGUACAUUUUCUGUUUAAUUGGACAGGCAUGAGACCAUGGUCUGUUUUGCAUUUGUUGUAUUAUAUUGGUACAGUGAGCUAUAGUUCAAAUUUCAUAUUACUGAUUGCAUUUUGUGGUUCAGGUGCACCUUGGAUCUGCAGAUACUGAUUAACAGUUUCCCAUGAAGCUUUACCAGCCUCAUGUUAUGUAGUUCAUGAAUAUCUGCAGUACCAGGUGUAAGCCAUGGCUACUUUUUAAUGAGCGAUUCUGAUUUAUGCCACGCUUGCCACUGCUAAUUAAGCAUGUUUUUCACAGCUUUGUUUUUAAUAUUUAAAACCAUACAGAAAUAUUUUUGAGUUUAAUGAAAACCACUAAAUAGAAAUGCUUCUGCUCAGAACAAUGCUUGCUUUAAAUCUCUAAUGCUUAUCACUUGCCCGGUUUAGAAAGUAAGUAUUCAUUGCAGUAUUUACUUAACGCAUUAUGAAGUCAUCCCUGUUUAACAACCUGUAUAGUAGCAUAGACUGCCCAUCGGGUUCCCUGACAUGUUCAAUCAUUGACAUCCAUUACUUUUAUUAGUAGAUCUCACUGCUAAAAUAUGUUUUUCUUUCUAUUGAAUUUGCUUGAUGAUAGGCCGUGCAUCCCAAGCAUCUGCUGGUAUGUUUUUCUUAAAACAUUGUGUACUGUUCCUGAUCUUCUUUCUGUUUGUGUUUCCUCUUUCCUGAUUUUACACAAAUUUCCAUUCUAAAUGCCCUCUUUCUAUUAGAAUGUAGAUUGUACCCCAGUCUGUUGCAUACUACACACACAGCUGCCUACUUCUUAGGAAGCUGGCAACAUACCUUUGGCCACACAGCUGUUCUUUAGCAAAUACGGACUAGCGCAGCUCCUGCAUUAUCCUUUAUGACUAAAACGGCUUCUGUGCCAGUAGACUGUGUUGAUGAGACCCCCGAUCGCUGGUAAUGCUUUGCAAAUUGAGGGCUUUGCUAUUAAAUGAAGAGCGCAGGGAGAAUGGAAAUGGAAGGAAGAAUUUUAUGCUGGGGAUGGAUAGUAAUAAUAUGGGAAGGGGAAUAGUGACGUGGAGAGAGUGACCACUAACCCCACUUCAUUCAAUUGUUACUUGUUGAGUAUCUUAUGACUUGUCUAGGGAAAGGGUAAGUGACAUCGGUAGGAAAGGGGUGAAAAUAUACUCUGGUGUUCACUUACGUUGGCCGUCCACAUAAAAGCAGUCUUACAUUCUGAUAUUGCUCACCUAAACCAAUGCAAAUGUUCAUAGAUGGUGGCAAACACAACCUACUUUGAAGCUGGUGCUCCACACGAAAACAAAAAUAAGGCUAAUGCUGGGAGCUCCUGCUUCAACAUAUUCCACAAUAUAUGGAAUAAUCCUGCAUUGUGCAGCUUGAAUCGGCUGGCAUGGCAUAAGGUCUCCACUUUAAAUAGCAGCAGCAAAAUAAUCUUAGUGCUGAUUUCUUGGCAUUUCCUUUUGUGGGGUCCUACAUGAUUUUUCUUCUGCCUCCAUCCAAAGUGAUCUUUGUGCUACACAUACUGCCACUCUGCACCAAAAAUACUCCUGUAUUCACACACACACUCACACUGGUCACACAUCAUACUCACACAGUAAUAUACAAAAAAUAGUGCAAUAAAAAUAGGCGCUAGACAACAUGCAGAUAUAAACGCUGUGGAACCAAUCACUCACUAUUUCACCAAAAGUAAGAUCAUGCAAUAGGAAAUGGUGUUCAGCGCAAAAUAUAUAAAACCAAUAGUCUUAAUCCCAGGGUUCACUCCACCCAAUGUGUAUAAGAGUGAGUAUAAAUAUACUUAAGGAUGAAAGAAAUAAAACAGCUUUUUUUCUGAAAAGAUACAUUGACAGUAGUAUAGUAAUGUCCCACGUUUUGCAGUAAAUGUACUCUUUAGGUCAUCAACUCACAUUUUAAUGAGCCUGUCAACAAACUGGUUCAGGUAAUACAGCAUUGUAAAACAGUGUAGAUCCCAUUCAGGAAUACCAGAUCUUCUUAAUAGAAAUAGAUGGAGAGCAAAAAAUAUGGUUAAAAAUAUAUAUAAAAUGUCUUCCCCCAAAAUGCAAACUAGCAAUUAACGGCUAGAUGGGCAGCUUACCAGAUCUAAAUGCGCCAGUAUUUCAUACUAGCAAAGCUAAUCUAGUAAUAUUAAAUGUUGACUACCCAGUUUUAAUUCUACUCAGAAGGGAUGGCUGUUGGGUCCAGCUUGUCUAACUAACCAGUGCCCCUCUCUAAAGGUAUAACUGAACUAAAGUCAUAGAACAUUAACCUAUGCUUGCAAUCGUUGCUGAGGCAAACCUAAUAAUAUGCUCUCUAUGUUGUAACUAAAGUUGAAAAAUGCUGUCCCUUACUAGUGUGGCACUGAAAGCCUGCUGUUUUUUUUCCUAUACACGAUUAGCAAUGUUGACUGCUGUAUGACACUCCCUAGAUGUAUACACAUAGUCUAACCUUUACAUGUAUUCUUUAAUCUAGUUACUGCUAUACUGUAAACCGUGCUUAUACAUUAGGUCUAUGAUAGCAUUGCAACAGCAGAAUUGAAAACUAAACGUUAGUCAAUCUCAUUGUAUUCUAGUUCACCUCACUUUACUUUACCAAUCUGUCUAGUUAAGCAUGUUUAAAAAAAAACAAACAAAAAAAAAUUGUGCAAAUUCUCAUGCCAUUGUUAAACUGUCUUGACUCUUGAAAUACGCUGUUGUGGCGACCAUUGAUAGUUAUUGUAAUCACCUGCACAGCAAAAAAUAAAGAAUUAAAAAAAAUAUAUAUAUUAGAACAACUACAAUACUCAUAUAUUUAUUGCAUUAGUCUAUAUCCUAAAUAAAAUUAUAAAUUUCAAAAUCUAUAUUAAGACCAUAGGGAGAGAGGGUUUCUAAAUCGAAGAUCCACUUCAUCUCUGUUCUAUUUAACCCCCUUAAAUUUGUGUUUUAUUUAACCCCACCAAACUUCUGGAAUAAAAGGGAAUCAUGACAUGUCACACAUGUCAUGUGUCCUUAAGGGGUUAAAUCUUCAAAAAGUCUCCCCCUCUCCAUGGCUUGGUUAUUUUUUGUAUACCAAUAAAAUUUAGCAUUUUAAAAUCACAAUCGUGGCUUUUACUAAAAUGAGCAGAUACAAAAUGGGUUGUAACUUUAUUUUGAAUAUUGCGCAAGUGUUCACUUAGGCCACAUUUGCACAUCAAGAUAUGACAUUACUAGUAUUACAAGUAAUAAAAUCCUUAAUAAAAUACUCCCUCUUUGUAACACUAGAUUAAAAUUUUUCCUUUAUUUUAGAAAUAAUAUUCGUACUUUUACAAGCUUUACACUGUCCAGCACGAAGGAUAUUCAUAUUAUAGGUUAAGAUUUCCCCAUAUAAGGAAAUUUGAACUGUUUGGAUUGUGUGUAACUGGGAUGUAACAACGGUGCAACGCACAAAUAUGGCCGCUGGAACGCAUUUCGAAGGUGGAACGCAUGAACAUGGCCGCUGGUACGCAUAGCGGCGGAAUCGGAAGUGACAAUACAUACCAUUGCGAUAUUGAUCGUAAAGGGAUAAUGAGACUGGGAAGGUUCCUAUAGGGUAAUUAUAGUAUAAUUAGAAAAAUAAGCGCCAAAAUGGAUUUAAAAGUUGAGACCUCAUUAAAAUGUGAGUUGAUGACCUAAAGACUAAAUUUACUGCAAAAGUGGGACAUUACUGUACUACUCUAUGUGCGUGUAUUGUCUAUUUAUCUUUUCGGGAAGCAGCUGUUAUUUCAUUCAUCCUUAGGUAUCUUUAUACUCCCUCUUAUACACAUUGGGUGGAGUGAACCCUGGGAUUAAGACUAUUGGUUUUAUACUCCUCCAGUAGUAGCUAUCCUUAAGUGUGUGAAUGCACAGUGGCUCUCAAUAGAAGACCAUUAUAGUGUUUAACUGCACUGAGCUGCCACACAAAAAAAAACUGUGUUCCCCGAUACAGAAAUGCUGUAAAAUAUUUUGAACAUUCCACGUACAUUUUUGCGAAAGAUUUCACAAAAAUUGUGGCAGAAGAAAAAAGGUCCCGUUUACCAAGGAUUUUAUUUUUGGGAGCUUUAAAAUAGAUAUAAUGAUUUCACAUAAUAUCGAUCAUAAUGGAAAGCGUGACACUGCUGUAGUUUUGUAUUUACAAAAAUAACUUGUGUCCCUAAAAGACCACAUAUCUAUGCUUACAAUGGCGUUCUAGUACAAUUUUUGUAAAUUUUGAAUAUGUAUUCCAGGCUUGUGUAUGGAAUGAAAAGAGGCGUUUUCUAUGACCCCUGAAUUACAUUGUGAUGGACUAUAGUCAUAUAGUGGGUUGGUAACAGAAUUUAAAACGGUUGGCUUAGAAUCAGAAAAGUCUAACAAAAGCAACAGGUGAUGCAGGAAGGCUAAUGGGGGAGGAUUAUGUAGGGCAUCUUGUAAAAGGACCAGAGUGAAAGGGAAGCAUAUCAUUAGUAUUGGGUAAAUGAUGAAAAAGAGAGCUUCAUGAGGUUGGAGACUAAAAUCAUUACACUAGAAUAGAGCAUUUUUAUUAUUGUAUACCCCCUUUUCCUCUAUUCAGUGGUGUUACCUUGAUUUCUUUUAUUUAGUUUACUUUAUUCUGUUUUCAGCCUCUUGGGGUUCUGGGAUAUUUCAAGAUUUACUCCAUUAACUGCUUGUUUGUCUUCUAACCACACUGUGCAGCUGUAGUGCGUGUAUGCAUUCAUGCUGCUUUUGCAUUCAGCUUCAUUUAGUGCAUGCUAGUUUGAUGUUUAAUCCUCUUUCUUAGAUGUAGUCUAUUUGAUAGAGGUCAGAUAGGACAUUGACUACUUUGUUUUAUUGCUUCUACAGGUGGAGAACAGCAGAAUGAUGGAGGGGGUGAGAUUUUUUUUUUUUUUUUGUAUUGUUACAUUAUUGCAGCUAGUUUGAUAGAAAAAAAAUUCAUAAUUUUUUUUUUUUUUUUUUAAUCUUUGACUGCGAUUGUCAGUAUUUAACUUUUUCCAAAUUUCAAUGUGUAUCUUGCCAUCUUUGUUGUAAUCACUUUCAGUAGUAUGGUUUUACACUGCAAAUGUCGUUUCACUUUUAUUUAUUUUUGCUUUGGUCCACAUAGCUAAACCAAAUGUAAUAGCCGGCAUACUGAGUGCAGUCGGCGUGGCUGCUUUUGGCGCCGUGUCAAGUUUCAUUGCUUACCAGAAGAAAAAGCUUUGCUUUAAAGGAGCAAGUGGUAAGUGGAUUAAUCUGAUUUAAAAUAUUCAUUCUUUUUUUGACUCUUUAACAGAGAAAUAGUUUUAAAGCACUGAAGGGAGAUCCAUAAAUGUAGUCAGGAUACCAUAAGCCAAUAGGCUAGCAAUAGAGAAGGAUGCUUCACUAGCGUAGUUAAGUUACCAGAGGCAAGGUCAGAAGUACUGCACACUUCACUUGGGCCACACAUGGACAGAGGCUGUAAAGGAAUGUUGACACACAUGUAAAACAGACAAACUAGACUCUGUAAUAGAGCCAUGGGCGUCUGCAGAGCUGGGUUUACAUAAGACGUGAAUUCAAGGAACCUGAAACAAUGAACUUACUAACAAAAGAACAACGAUAUCAUUAAUCAAUAUGGAAUAUCAUGCAGCGUUAACCAUUGUUUAGGAGACAUUCUGACAGAUAUAGAAUGGAAAAAAGAUGCAAGCCUGUUGGCUAUUCAUUCUUGUCAUGCUUUCAGAUGCAUUUUGAAGGGGUGGAGGGUUGUUUUGGGUUUAUAUCCAUAUAUGCUAAUAUUGUUUUUAGUAAUAUAUUUAUAGUAGCACAAGAUUGGGAUAACUAACUAUAAUUAGUAAUUUUCUCUUCAUAUAUUUUUUUUUUUUUUCUUAACAGUAAUACAAUUGGGAAACUCCUUCUUUAGCAGAUAGGACAGAUUUAGUAAAGCUAUAAUUAUCCUCCCACGAGUUAAUUAGUCUUGUAUCCUACCUCUCAAGCUAAGAGUACUAAUAUAAUACUGUUGUAAAAUAAAAUGUAUAGACAGAUUUACUCAUUGCUUGGUGUUCAUGGCAUCCUCGAGUGAUACUCUUGAGUAAUAUCUUACGAGACAGAAAUGGUAAUAAAAAAAAAAAAAAAAAAGGAACAGCAUUUGUGUGACUCUUUGGAAAUGCUUUAAAUACCUCUAUUAAAGGUGGCAUUGGAAGAGGCUCUGUAAUGCAAAUUGAAGUAGUGAGUGAAAAUAUAUGCUAUAAGGACAGUUUGACUGUUCUUCAAAUGCAUCUUGUAAGCUGUGCCUUAUGUGACAAAAAUAAUGCAAGAUUGUAGAUGUGUAAGAAAUUGAUCUCUUGAGGUUGGUAAACUGUACAAUAGCAGGAAAGUGUAGCCAUUUUCCACUGUAAUAUGGCUGAAGUGCAAACAGGCAAAUAUCUCACACUAAUGACAAUAUGCUUAUUCUCUAUAUGCACAAAAAGAUUGGAUUACAUUACAUAUAUCAUCGUUCCCCCUUUCCCGCUGGACAUGUAAAACCCCAGUUUCACUAGUGUUCUGAUGCUUCUAAUGGAUAAAUGCUAAAUCAGUUUUGCAUGGUGAAUAGAAAACCCCUUUAGCUUCUCUUGAAAUACUGCAAGCCCUCUUAAAAUUACAGUUGCUGACAUGACAAAAAUAUAAAACUAUUAAACUGUGUGUUUGACAGGGGAGACCUACUAAUUUGUAGUAGUGCUGUAGAUAGCCAGACCAAUAUACUUUAAUUGUGCUUUCUUGUACCCUGUAUUGUUGUAGUUGCAAUCUAAUAGAAAUAGAGGCGGCAUCAUUGCAAUUUAACGAUUGUUUGUUGUGCUAUAGUUUUUUUUUUUUUUUUUUAUGCUGUCUCUUUUUGAGCAGGUGGGAAUUAGUAUACGGACUAAGGUAAUGGUCAAAUAAGAAUAUCUUUGCAAAUACAAGUUUACUCUUGGAAGAUUUGCAAAGUUCAACACACAGGCCAAAUUGAAGAAAUCUAAAGCACUUGGUUCGACUUACUUAAUUCUUCACAUAAUUUAUACAGAAAAUUAUUUUAGCCAUGUUCGAUUUUGUGUAUACAGUAUGAGUUUUAGAAAAAAAAGUGAUUUACAUUUUGAGUGAUGAAUAUGGUUUACAUAUUUUAUAUGAUAAAAAUAAAUACCUAAGUCUUGUAUUUUGUCCUUCCGUAAAACUUUGAGUAAUUACGUCACUAAGUUGCUAUUAAUUCUGUCCUGCUCUCCUUACUGAUGAGCUAGGUGAAGUAAUAUUGAUAAAUAAAAAACAUAGCAGCUUAACCAGAAUAUCCGCGACGAGACAAGGAUCAAAUAAGUGUUGGAAUUCAAGAGUCACAGCAGCCAAACAUUUGCCUCUCAUUAAAAUCAAACAGUCUGGAUCAUGCUGAACUCCCAAUAUAGGUUACGAUUGGCAACAUAUGCAAUCUCCCCUUCCUGGAAGAUCUGUUAAGUCUGUUAAAUGCAUAAUUUGUAUUCAGUGAUUUCAAACCCUUUAAUAGAUCCCUAAAUUUUAUUUUAUUCUAGAAGACCUAGAAAAUGUAAACAUGGAUAAUAAAGGAGACCAAGUAGAUCCACAAGGUGAGUAAUGAAAACUUACAGGUGAUCAGUUAGUUAAUUUGUAUGAGCACGAACAGAGCUGGAGACAAAUGGGCUGAAUACAAGAAACCGACUAUUCCUAAAACUGUAACUAAUAUCGUUAAAAUGACUGAAACUGAAACAUAAAUGCUGAUACUAGAACAGAGGAUUCUUUUUAGCUUCACACUUUGUAGAUUGUAAUUGUAACAAAAUGUAUUGGCCUUUUCCACUUUAUUUUUGCUUGAUCUGUGUUUCAACCACUUGCACUGUGGUUGUUAUGGAAACUCCCUAGCUGGUUGUUCUAGUACUGGCUAAGUCAGGGCUAGCAUCCUUCAAUACUCCAGAUGUUUAGGGCUACACCUCCCAUGAUGACAUCCCAGCAUUAUGGCAGUAAGAGCCUUAUGGGAUAUAUAGUCCACAACAUCUGGUGUGUCGCAAGUUGCCUACCCCUGCGCUAGGAAGUAUAGGAACUGAGUGACUUCAAUCCAUUCUGAUGCUGGCGACGUCACUGACUAAAUUUGCCUUGCUGGGGGAUUCCUUCCAGGCAGAGCAAAUCAAAGAACAGAGGAGUAGUGGCAGACGAUUUGGAGGUGCAUGUUACAAGAAGAGUAAUAACCGCAAACAGAGGCGGCUCUAGACUUUGAGGCUUUAGGCGAAACUCAAACAUGAGGCCCCACUAACAAAAAAGUGUCACAUAUGUGUAUGUGCCUGAGAGUCUCUGACAGAGUAUCCUUGUGUGUGAAUGUAGGUCUCUGUGAACAUGUUUUUGUCUGAGACCCUAUGUAUAUGGGGUAACUGCUUGAAGUGUGUUGUGUGUAUGGGGGGUUGAUGGUAAUUUGAGAGGGGGUGAUGGUGAGAAGGAGGGGGGAGGCUGAGGGUGGGGGGGGUGAUGGUGAGAAAGAACCUACCUUUUCCUCCCUGGUGGUCCAGUCGGCUCCCUGGUGGUCCGGAGCUGCAGACCAUGUAAUCUCGUGAGAUCUGUCAGAGCGUUGCCGUGGUAACCCGCAGCAACACUCUGAUUUGCCAGUUCUCGGGAGACACAUGGUUGCCAGUUCUGACCAGUGUCUGCGGUGGCUGGCUGGGCAGCCAGGAGGGGCCUCGCACCCGGCAGCAUACCGGGCAAGCCGCCGGGCCCCCUCCUGGUGUCAGGUCCUCGCCCAACACAGUCUGCCUUUAGGUGGUUUAGGCGGCCACGAGGCCUUAGGCGGCUGCCUCAACCACCUAAUUAGAGAGCCGCCUCUGACCGCAAAGCAUGAAGAUGAUGGCGCUGGAAAGGAGGAAAAAUUAGUCUAUUUUUAUAUAUAACAUUGAAUACACCAUGCAUUUUUGUUAUACAUGGGGAAUUCAAUGUACCGUAUAUACUCAAGUAUAAGACAAGUUUUUCGGCACAUUUUUUGUGUUGAAAAACCCCCACUCGUCUUAUACUCGAGUGAGUGUCUGUAUUAUGACAACUUACAUUGCCAUAAUACAGACAAGGAUCGCCGGGCUCAUUACAAGCCCGGCGGUCCUGUUGGGGGCUGGCAGGAAGCGUUUACUUACCUUUCCUGCAGCUCCUGUCAGCUCCCUUCUCUCUCGUCCGGUCAGCUCCCCUACAAGUCUCACUGACCACGAGACUUACAGGGGAGCUGACCGGACCGGAGGAGAGAGAAAGGAGCUGCAGGAAAGGUAAGUAAAUGCUUCCUGCCAGCCCCCUCCUACACAGUGCACACCACUGGACCACCAGGGAAUGAGAGCCCCCCUCACUGGCCAGCUAACAAGCAGGGAGGGGGGACAAAGAAAAAUAACAUAAAAAUGUAAAAUAAAAUAACUUUAAAAAAAAUAUUAAAAUAAUAAAAAUUUUGUUUGUGGGGUGUUUAUUUUAUUUUUUAUGCUAAUUUCUGAAUCUUGUUGUUUCAGCACAAAAUACCCUUCUCCCUAAAUAAUCCUGGCGACUACAAAGAAAAUCCUUGAUGGUAAUCUGUAAUUAAACCUGAAAAUUCACAAAGGAAGGCACAAGAAAAAUGUUAGCAAUGUUGUCAGAGUUAUUUUGUGGACUUAUCUGUAAAUGUGUCUUCUCCACUGUGUGGUGUAGAUCUGGAUACUGGAAACUAUGUGGGACGUGCAUUGACAUAUGCAAGUUUAUUCACUAAGUGACAAGUGAGAAUAGCUGAGAAUGCAAACCGAUGUUCAAAUUUAAGGCCAAAAUAUUUAAACUGGCAGCAGAAUUAAGUUUUUUUUUGGUUGUUGUCUAUUUUGACCUAAAUUUGGGAAUUUCCAGCUAUUCUCGUUUUAGUAAAUAGCCUGGCAAGAUGUACUUUUUAAAAUUUAUUUUUGUUGGAUUUUAGUCUUUUUUUUUUUUUUUUUUUUUUUAGAACAAGAAAUGAUCUGCCUUUGGGUCUGCAGCUGCUUUAAAGCUAACACGAAGUUCCACCAGGAUACCUGUGGAAUAUCAUGAUACUUUUAGUCCCUUGCUGCUGGUGAAUCAGAGCUAGUCAUUUUGUUUAAAAUGCUUGUAUUUGAUAAGAUUUUGUUUUAUUUUACUGAUGAAGUACCUUAAACAAACCUAAUGGUUUUGUCCAUCUUGUUGCCACAAUCCUCAAAUCCCCCAAAUGUACAAGAUCACCAAAAAAAUUCUAAACAUUGGCAUAUUAUUCAUUUGAAUUCUUUAGAAGACCCAAUGUGAUUUUUAUGGCUUUUAAACUGUUUCCUAACCUGUUGUUACUUUUUUUAACUUUAUAUCUGUACACAUAGCUAUUUGUAUGUUUUUUGAGGAUUUUUUAUUUCCUGAAUGUUCUGAAAUCCUAGAUGCAUUGCUCAUUAAAAUACUUCUUUUGUAAAGAAUCGUCUGACACCAUGCCUCCAGUGGUGUACUAUGGAAAGUAGAGAAGGAUUCACAAUCAACAUCACACAUAUAAAUGUAACCGGGCAUCCGAUAUUUUCUUCUUUUUUUUUUUUUUUUUACAUGUAAUAUUUCUGUAGUGUGUGAUUAUGUACUCUCAGAAGGUGUAACUGUGCCCGUACAAAUAUUGGAAAUUUUAAUUCAUGGGAAUUCAAAGUGACUUUCAAAUUUAAGACUAACAUUUUCAACAAUUACCACUUUAGUGAAAAGUCCUGAGUGAAUGUCAAAUACUUGGCAAACUAGAAUUCCCACAAACAGUCAUUCACUAAAUUGUGAAUUGACUGGAAUUUAGUGAAUUUAAAAAUUUUAGGCCAACAUAGCCAAAGUGAAAACCUAGCUGAAUGAAUUUGUAAAAAAAAAAAAAUUUCAAUUGGUCUGUUCUACUAGACUAAAUUUUUGUAAAUUAAUUUUUAAUUCCUAGUUCACACUUUAUCGAAUUAACCAGAGUAAGCUGCUAGCAAUUUUAUUUUGUGGGGGAGGUUAGCUGUAGUUUGUUAGCAGAGGAUGCCCAUUCAUCCUGCUAAAUCUAUUAACAUGUACUAUUACCUCUGUUUUGUUGUCUUAUAUCCAUUCAUCUCCAAAUAUAAAAUUUCUGGUUAGUCACAUACCUUUACAUGCCACGUCUUUGAAAUAAAAGGUCAAACUCUAAUGCUGUCCGUGGAUCUGUUGGUCAUUUAGAUUGUUUGUUUUGUAAUGCAUUAGCAGAUUCAAAUGAUUUGUUGUGUACGUUUUUAACGUAAUGUUAAAGAGGCGCUAUCUUCAGAAGGUGUGUACACAUCAUACAUCAGUUUAAAAACAAAAAGUGCAUAACUUUAUUUUUGUACAAAGAAUAUGAAAAAAGAUUCUUGGUGGACAUUUUACAUUCUAAAGGCAUGGGUGGUACACCACAUCAUCGGCUCAAAUAAUCCAUACAGAGAUGGGGGAGGGAGAGAUAUAAGAGAUGAAAUUUGUUAAUCGUAUGUAUCCCAUGAGGCUUAGCAUAGCAGCUAUCCACUAAUUGGGUGGGGUCUAGGAUUUUGUUUCUGAACUUGAGAUUGAGUAUUUUAUGAUAACUUCUGUGUUCUUGUUGCUUGGAGCAAGUACAAAUAUAUUAAUCAAUUGUUAAACAAGGAACCAUGUCCUGCAUGUCCUGGUCUAAAUGUUUAUUCUGUAUACUUUUAAACCUUACACAUUCAUUGCCAUGGGUUUUCCACACCACCUAGUAGCCAGGCCAUUGGCAUGUUGUAGGUUGAUACCUACUACACUGAUAGAACAAGGCUUUUUGCAAAGGUAAAGAGUGCAUUUUAGAAUUAUUUUCUCAGGAGUGAAACUCUCACCAGUCGCACAAGGAUGGUUAAAACAUAGCAGAUAUAGAGAUAAUUAUGUCAACCCUGUAUUUGAAGUCUUUAGUUCAUACUUGUUGCCUUUAAUGAUUUGCCAUUGCAGGAGCUAGGGAAGAGAGAACCAGUUUUCGUAUCCUCUGAUCCCUUCCAAACAUAUCACCAGUGGGAGAAGACGGAAUUAACGGUAGCAGCUACAAUUAUUAACGGCUGCCUUAGAGUGCAACUGCUAAGACUCUCUGACUGGUCAGUACAUCUAUGUCCUGGCACUGCAUCAUUCACACCAUGUGUCUAUUUUUCAUGGACAAAGUGAUGAUACACAUUGUGUAGUAUGGGAUUGAAAACCUGAUCUGCCCAUGAGUUUUACCACCCAAAGAAUUUAACAGACAAAGCAUCUGUGCCAUCUUUACCAUACCUAUAUAUCCCAUACUGACAUGACGUAAAAAAAAAUUCUCUGGAGCAUUUGAAUGUGGAGUCAGUCCACACAAAUGGAAGUUAAUGGGUGAGGUUUGUUCCUUUGAUUUUUUUUUUUUUUCAUUGAUUUUUUUUGGGGGGUUCUUCUUUGCUGUUUUGCAAAUAAAUAAAAGUAAACCUGUAGGUGAGGACUUCCUUGUUGACUCUAUUGAAUUUUCUAUCACCUGACCAGAAAAUAUUUUGGAAAAAUUCUCUUCAGUUAAUCAUUAAUAGCAUGGCACAUGUUGGAAUUACAUUUCUUGAUUCCAGAAUAAUGUAUGCAUGAAAUUAAACCACUAAUCUGGCCAUUGCAUCAGUGAUUUCCCAUGGAGUCCCUUAGCCACUCUAACAGUUAAGGAAUUAGAAGAUAUUGACAAAAUAUGGACAAAUUGUGUGCCUUGAAAAUUUCUGCAUUGCAUAUGCACAGGGUGAGUCGAAUGUCAAAAACCAUACAAAGGUCUGUAAAUUGCUUAAUUAUGUUAGCUUAAUUUUGAUUACCAUUUCAUAGACCAGAGGAUGUACUUAUGUGAGCCAUUCUAUAAUUUUAACUUAAUGCAUCUUAAGUGUGUGUGUCUGUGUGUGUUUUAGCAUGAUUUGGUAGCAUUCAGUUGCAAUCGGCUCAUAAUUUGUAUAUUUGCGUUAAUGGCCAGAAUUUUUGAAGAACUGACAGCACAACUGGACAUUUUAGCUUAAAUAUUGAAGACUAUAAUUCCAUUGUCAAUUCUGCACAAAUCCCUCUUUAAAGGAACACUUUUUCCCUAACCCUUUAGUGUCCCUCUGCCCAUAGCCAACUUACGUUUUGCCAGCGCCGAGGUCCUUAUGUGCUGGCUAAGUCUCCUCUUCCACCGUCACAGUGAUGCAGGAACCUCAUGUGUAACGACCAUUGAAUCAAUUCUUUUCCUAUGGGGGAUUUAAAAACAUUGGACGUUGGACAUACGCAAAGGGUAGAAAAAAGCCACUAAAGGUUGAGUUAACCCUGCAAUGUAAUUAUUUCUGUCUCUGAAACUAAUCUUUUACAUUGCAGGGCUAAGGGAAUAGACACUGCCACUAAACCACUUUAAUAAGACUAAGUGGUCUGGGCGCCUAUAUGGUCCCUUUAAUAAAUAACCCAAUGAAAUAUUGUGCAUAAAACCUUUUCAAGCUAAAUGUCUGCUCUCUCUUGUUCUUGUAUGAGAGGCAACAACGAUCAAGUUAGUGGGUACAAACAUAUAAAUUAGCUUCAGUAUCUCAUUUGGCUCAGUGUGUACUGUGUUUUGGAUACACAACUCCCUGAUCAUUUUAGGUGCAAUUCCCACAUUAUUUUUAUUAUGUGAUUAGAUGCGUUAUUCAAAUGAAGUGUAUACAGUAAAGCUGAAGAUAUUUAUCACAAAAUUAAACUCUGCAGUUCUCUCUGUUAAAUAUCAUGUUGUAAAGUCUAUACUUUUCAUCACUUUUUAAUUUGCCAAUGUUGCAUAAAACUGCUUUGAAGUGAAAUUUAGUAUAUAACGCAUUUUUCAUAAAUAGUAUUGUGAAAAUUGUCAGUGCAGUGUUUAGCUGGUUUUAAAUGUUGUUUGCCAUUUUAAAAAUGAAUAAAGUGGGUUUUUUUUUUUUA